AUGAAGGCUCUACAGAAGAAUCAGGGACGCACUGACCAGAUGUUGGGAGCCAUGGCUGACAUGCUCACUUCUGUGGCCAUGCCAAAUCAACAGUGGGUGAGUUGAUCUGUUUCUCUGUUUAUUGUCUCUUUGUGUAAAUUCCUAAUGUGACAAAUUCAGACAGAAAUCAAUAGAAUCACAUGGAGGGAUUUUCCAGGGCCUACAGAACACGACUUCUAGUAAAUCUUCUACUUAAAACACUAGUUUGUAAGUUUUUGUAAGAAUCCUAUUCAACCUAAAAUGGUCAAGUCAGACAAGCAGAGAAAGACGAGGGAGGAAUGGAAAGAUUUCAAGUCUCUGUUCAGUGCUUGUAAGGAAUCUUAAAUGUCCGAGAAACGGGAAGCAGAGUGGCAGUGAUUAAACCAUCUGACCAUAAACAAACCCAUGCAGGCUGGUCCAACGCCUCACUGCAAGCAGGACAAUUCAUUUUCUUCCUUCCUUCCUUUACUUCAUCCUCUCCACUUCUCCUUUUCUUCACUUCAUAAAAUGCAGAGGUGUCUGCAGUAAGGAAAUAAAGUCAAGAAAUGUGUGUUCUGGUUGUUUGGGUGGAAAUUAAAGCAGCCAUGAUGGAUUUUACACCACAAGUAUGAAUAUAAAUCCAACUUCAAUAACUUGAAAACCAGAAAAAAAUCAAAUACAGCCAACUCAACAUCUUACAAGUUAAUCAGAUUUGGAAGUUUUCCCAAUCUAUGUACGUGUUUAUCCCGAUAAUUUCCCCCCUUGCAGACAGUGGAUAAAUUCACUGCAGUGAUUAUAAUCUUCCACCAACCCUGCAAAAAGCUGAUAACGCCACUUCCCUCCGUUUACUCCUGUCCUGAAGCAGAGAGUUUUCAAAUAAAGAGCAAAAGCGCCAUCUGAAAAUCACUUCUCAUCCAAGCUUUGUGGCGAAAACUUGACCUCAACAAUUUCUUCUGAAUUCUUGUUCAGUGUGUAAUGGAGAAAAGGAUGAAAAAGGUUGAAGGAAUAGUGGAAAAAAUAGCCACUGGUAUAAUGUUAUUGUGGUUGUGUGACCAUAAGCACUCUGCACAAUCUUACCAUCACUUCCUCAUCAGAGCAGGACUCCAGUGCUGACAAAGGCAUCUCUGUGUGUAGCUCUCAGAGGGAGGCGAGGCGGACCUCCCAUCGAGCGAGGAGGAGAAGGGGCCCAUGCAGGGCCAGUGGGAGCCAGAGGGGCUGGGGUGGGAGCAGCAGGCCGCUGCUUCAACAGAGAAUCCAGAACGGAGGGAGAGAACAGGUAAGACCUGAAAGGGCUGCACGUUUAGAGCGUGACAGAACAUCUUGUGACCCCAAACCCUCACAAUGCUAGUCCAAACAUUGGGCCUCACUAAACCAGUCAAUGCUUACAGACCGACCGAAACACAAACUUCCAGAGUCUGUUUUGGUUUUGUGUGUGAGGUGGCUCAAAUUUCUGGGAACUGACAUCUAAAAGAGCCUGUUUUGCCACUUGAUCACUUGUAAGGAUAAGUCCUAGCAAGAGUGUGUGUUGCUGUUGACAAAUAUAUGAGGUAAUUUAUGGUCUCAGUCUUCAUGACAUGCACAAGGCACAUUUUCCACAGCCACGCAUGAACUCCUGACAAUGACCAAACGAAAUCUCCUAAAUUCACUGAAACUUGAGCAUCUUAGACUCACUCUAAAAACUUAAAAAAAUACUGUGUUUGAUUCAAAUGAGAGCGGUAUUGGUAGUCUUCUCUAACAGUGACUGUUAUUGACAUUUCCAGUAACACAAUACUUUUAGUGGGCAGUAAAAAAAAAAAAUCAAGGGCCUGUGCACACUGGCAGCAGCUCUUUUUGGCCCUCACAGGACUCACUAUUUUGCUUACUGUUGCUUAGGGAAAGUUGUCCUGUGCAGCUCUUUUGCUCCCCCUGGUACUGACAGCUAAGUCUGCUUUCAAAUGCUCCUUAUGCUCCUUAUUUACUCUUAUUCAGUGUUAUUAGACACAUUAACAAAAACAUAAAAAUGAUUGAUCAACUGUAUGCAAAGACACAGGCUUCAAAGGAGUAAGACAUGAACUGGCUCAUCACUCGGCCCACUCACUUUCGGUGAAUGUUUCACAGCAUUCACAUGUGAGCUGGCUCUGACUCUGCUGAUGUUUUACUCGGGUUCUGAGACAAGGGAGUAUCUUUUAAUUCUGAGUGAUUCAGGAAAAUGUUAGGAAAUGUUCUGGGGUGUAUUACAUAUGUACAGUGGACUUUAAGUCAGUGUGCACAUACACCAUUUUUACAGCUCAGUAUGUGUUUGAGCCAUUUUAUCUAUAUUAUUUUUGGGGUUUUGUUUCGCUACUCGCACAAUAACCACAAGGGGCACUUCGGGUGAAUGGGCAGGUGAAUGCUACAAAGGGACACAGGAGAAGCAGUGAUCUGGGAAACGGGAAGAGCACACAGUUACCGCUAACCUCUGACACCACUCUCACCCUCAUCACAUACAUCACUAUCAUAGUAAGUUGGACGUAUCUGUCUUUUUUUUGUUGUUGUUGUUUGUUUUUCAUUAAAUCAAUAAAUGUUAAAAAUAUAACUAAACAAAAACCUUGGAUUCGACAUUGGAUUGUACUAGAAGUGCGUCAAAAACACCUCACUCCCACACCCAGAUGAUGACUAAAAUUCAGGCCAGCAUAGUCACUACAGUAUAUGCUGUCAUAUCCACAUUCAGAUAAAACAAGCCUGACCUCUUCUGGCAUAUCUGAUGGAGAUCAUUGGCCCCUAAUAACUUCAGGGAAAGUUUAAAUUGGAGUCACCUGAGUGUUUGUAGUUUACUCUUAUUAAACUCCACCCUCUUCAUCCCCAUUUAGGCCCGAUUGCAGUAAAUUGCUUUGCUGUAAUGUAGCAUGAAUAAAUACAGGAUAGAGAACAGAGUUCUUGUGUUAAUGCACAUACACAUGCAACACUUUCCAGAUGGGUCAAGACAUGUUCAACUGCCUCUCGUCCCUUUCUGCCCCAGAAGCUAUUGGUUGCACUCUGAUUCUGAUUUUGCUGUGAAAGGCUUGCGUGCAUUACCAUUUUCCUUGAGUGGAAAGGAACAAAAGGAGCUUUGUAGCUGUAUCUGGGUUUGAGUUUGGAGGAGUGUGUGUGUAUGGAAGGGGGGUUUGGUGGUGUGCACUAUGUGGCUGGCCUUGCUGUUGUGCAGAACAGUACACUGUGUGAGUACAUGAGCGGUGUGAGUGAGACCAUAGGAAGCUGUCGGAGAUGCUUAUCUGUAAUGGUUCAACUUGGAUGGAGUGUGCUGCUGAGGGUUAUGCUGCCAAAUAUUAUUUCAGCAUACAGCUAAGGGCUCAGUAAGGAAAAACAUGGAGAAAUGCAUUAUUCAGGUCCAUGUGGAAGGAAGAUGACCAAAUGGGAGAUUGUUUAUUCUUGUUCCAGACAAGCUCCUUAGCUUAAUUGUUUUUGCAUAGUCCAAUUUCCUCCGGAUGGGAAAUUGAAUGGAAAAUCAAUGAAACACAAAGCAGAAAAACAUCUGAAGAGCAACAACAAGACGCAAAGGCAGAGAAGAGAUCUAGAUGAGAAGUAUAGAAACUGAAGGUUCAGGGUCUCCGUCUAAUGAAGAUGUUUAUUAUAGCAGAAUCUUACACCACAGAAUGUAAAUGAUUUUUGUUUAUAUUAUAAUGGAAAAAGUCAUAAAAUAUCAAAUAUUUAUGGUGCUUGCAGUGUUUUGUCUUUCGAGGCCUGAAGCUUGAGGACUGGGCCUUAUUUUGCAGGAAUUCUUCAGUUUUUUAAUGAGGCAUAUUGAAAAUACACACGAGCACAAAUUGACAUUGUUUUGAUCACACAUAACCUCUUAGUGCAUCUUUUAUACACUUAUAGAUAAAUUUAAAUAAUGAAUAUUCUCUUACCUUCAAACUCAAUAAAAUGAUCAAUGUAAUUAACUCUGAAGUAGAGAUUAAAAUCAAUCCUAGAUGUGUAGAACAGGAGACAUGUGAUUACAUUUAUCCAUGGUUAAACUGGCAGAGGUCAGAGUGAUGUUUCCAUCUCUCAGUGUGACAGAAAGGAGGAAAGAGGCCCCACUCUCUCUAGAGUUGUGGUACUUGAGAGCCAUCUGUUACAUGUUAGGAACAAGAGGCCUGCUAGUGGCUGCCCAGGAAUCACUAACCUCUACAAAUUCAAAUCUUUUAUCCUCGAUUCAUCCGAUGCUCAUGAAUCUUUUCACAUUCAGGCUUUUUUUCUCCUCUUUGAACACCUUGUUGUAUCUUUCUUUUCACUCUUUGUUCUCCAAGCCCUUCCAUAUAUGAUCCUCUGAGCGAUGCCCUCAGGAGUGUUAUUUCAAUCCUUGUUUCUCUUCCAAGUACACAGAGCUGCUGGUCAUAUUUCUUUUAAAUCUCUGCUGUUUUUUUUUCUUUUUUGCUCUUCGCUCCCUGGACGUUCUGCAGUAUAGCUCAUGCUCUCACCCUCCCUUGACAAACUGUCUACAAUGUCUGUUUCGUAACAUUGAUCAGUGAUUGAUGGCUGUGUGUGUCCACUACUGUGUAGGUCUCUCUCAAGGUAAAACACAUAGGGCUACAUCAACAGGAAACUGCAGUGAACCAUUUGAAACAACAGUGUUGUAUCUAACCAACAGCUGCAUGCACACAUUACUGACACGUGCAGAAAUGUGCUUAUUUGCUAUCAGGAACACAAGCACACUAUGAUUAUUAAAGUUGUCCAUUAUGACUCAUGUAUGCAUGGUGAAAAAGGAUGUUUUUUAAAGGAAACUUUGAUUGUGUUAGACACGUAAUGUCCAUUUAUGAGACCACAACCCUUAGAUAUUACUCUGUACCAUAAAUUAUUCAUAGUCACUGCACUAAAAUAUGUUUUUCCAAAGUAUUAUCAAAUGGAAAGGGUCGCUCAUCGGAAAACUGGAGAUCAGGGAAAAAAAUCUUGUGGAAAAUGUAUUAGGCUGCAUUUUUUUGUCCUUUCCUCACAGAAAUCAGGACCAUAAUUAAGUGGUCUAAUGACCCGGUUUGGUUCUCAGGAACCCCUUGUUACUAAUCAACUGACGUUAUUUUUCUUGUAUUGGAGUUGUUGGGAUGUAAACUCUCUAGAACUUGCAUGACCUUAUUAGGGUCUACGGAGACUUGGUGAGUCUGUCAUUCAGCAAGUGCUGCUCCCAGGGGACCCUUGAACUAAAUUGUGUGUGUGUGUGUGUGUGUGUGUGUGUGAUAGAGAGAGAGAGAGAGAGAGAGAGAGAGAGAGAGAGAGAGAGAGAGAGAGAGAGAGAGAGAGAGAGAGUAAGAAAGAGAGAGAGAGUUCAACCUUAACCUUGUGUUAUAGAAAUAAAUAAAUAAAUAAAUACAUACAUAAAUAAAUAAAUAAAUAUUAAUUAUUAUUAUUAUUAUUAUUAUUAUUAUUAUUAUUAUUAUUAUUAUUAAUAUUAUAAUAAUAAUAAUAAUAAUAAUAAUAAUAAUAAUAAUAAUAAUAAUAAUAAUAAUAAUAACAAAAAUGAACUUUAUUUUUAUGGCACUUUCAAAAGGUUACAAAGUUAAACAGAAAAAGCAUGAUGAAUUAAUUUUAGCAGCAGAGGAGAAAUCAAUCUUAAAUUAUAACAAAUGGGGGAAAUAUCAUGUUAAAAACAUUUCAAGACAACAAAGAAAAAGGAAGAUGUCACAUCAGAAUAAAAACAAAAAGAUGUGAGGCAGUAAAAUAAAAAAAUAUAUAUAAAUAAAUGAACAAAUAAGAAAAUAAGUAACGCAAUAAUGCUACAUCAAUGAGCUCUAAUGGAAAAAGUGCAGUCUUCUUCAGAUUUGAGCCCUGAAUGAUUUGAGAUGGCUUAUACAGUGUCAGUAUUUUAAAAAAAAAUAACCUGGGGCAAGCCUCAGACGAGCUUUAAAAGUGAUCAGUAAAAUCUUAAAACCAAUUCUUAUCCAUUCAUGGAGUCAGUGGAGGGAAGCGAGGAUAGGAGUGAUGUGAUAAUGUUAGCUAGAAACCUGUGAGAAACCUGGUUACUGCCGUCUGGACCAGUUAGAGGUGAGAUGAGUGAUAUCAGAAAGAAUCUCAUGCAUUCUCUAUCAGGAAUUAUAAUUUGUGAAGUUGUAUCAAUAAUUUACAAAUAUUUCAUGUGUGUGUUAAAGUCAGUUACAUGUGAGGCAAGACAAGCUCUCGUAAACACUGAAAACGCCCUUGAAAGUUCUGUCAGCCCACCCAUAGUAUUGCAACAUGGUCCAAUAUCGCUUGUUUUGCAAAAGUUCUGAUUGGGUUAUUUGACCUUUGACUUAGAGAUCAGACACUGACUGUGACCUCAGCUGGGGAAAAUUGGUCAUAAAUCCCAGCAUUAUGAGUAUGUGGGCUCUUCCACUAUGACUCCCCAUCAACCCUAAAGGGAUGUAUCUUGUGCUUGUCUUGUUUUGUAACAUUUACAAACUAAAGUGAGACAAGUGUCAGCUGUGGUUUUAGGGGUUUUGACACACAAAAAAACUGCCUUCUGUGGUUGUAAACAUCAGCAGAGAGUACUAACCCAACCCAAAGCUGUGAGCUGACCCGAUAAAUGAUGAGAAGUGAGUCACUGCUUCAGACGGUAAUAAACCCUCUUUUUACACAUUGUUUUUACUUUAUCAUGAAAUAAACAGUAAAUGUACAAUUAUGAAUUAUAGAUACUUAAAAAAAAUGAAGAAAAGUUAAUAAAAACUAAAUCUGCAAAGGAAACACUGAAAGCGUGUGCUCGUAUGCAUUUCUGAAGGUUAGGUCAUGCAGGGCUGGCAGGCGGGUGCAGGUCAGGCAGGUCCUUCAGACACCUCACAGGUCACUGCUUCACAGCACGGCAGGCAUUCAGACCACAGAGUAACCCAGUAGAUGGAGACACAUAAAUGCACUCAUAUGUUGCAAACAUGCAAAGUACACCCACAACAAAUCUGGAAUGACAACGUGCAAUUUCAGUGUUUGCAGCAUGAUUUUGUUUAAAGUGACAGAAACAUUAUCCCUAAACCUUCUUUUACACACAAAAACAUCUGUCUCCAAACAGUCAAAUCACAGUCAUCUCAGUAAUUACUACUCAAAAAUUAAACUGAAGUACCUCUCCAUGUGUGAUGCUGUGGUGAUUUAAUGAACAUUUUCUCCUUUGGGUGGCGUUUCAGCUCAGGCGUAAGCCUCAAACACAGUCGGCAGUAGUCCCAGAGUCUCAGCGCUAGCAUGCUGUUUCUGGAGCAAGGUUCACCGAGCAGCUACAGAGAGAUAAAGAGAGGCAGUGGGUCAGGUAUGGAAGUAAAAACUGUGAUAGUCUGGAUGGGAAAUGGUGGAACAGGAUUAGAAAAAUGUGUUUGUGCAGGUUUCUUGGAGCUUGUAAUUGUGGGUGGUAUUGAAAAUCAGACAUGCCUUCAGAAACAAAUCUCCACAGGUGUUGCACCUCCUCUUUGUUUGGAGUCCUGCUGCCUGAGAGCUGCACUGCAUGUUGUAAUAUUAGAGUGUGAAGUUCUGAGGGAUACUACUACAGCGCACACACACAUACAGUGCUUUCACUGCUCCACAACUGCAUGUCUUUCCUUGGGAAGUCCAGCUGGAUAGAAAAGACCAGAACAAGACAGUGACUUCUUCUGCUUUAUGAUGGGACCUCUGCCAAAAAAACAAACUCCCCCCUCGUCAUGCCGGCUUGUCCAGAAUGCCAGUUUGCCUUAAUUGGCGCUCAGCUGAGAGAUGAAGGCAGGCAAAGAGAGAGAGAGAGAGAGAGAGAGAGAAACUAAGGGAGAGUAAGUGAGGGUGAGGGAGGAAGGAAAAUCUAAGUGAGCAUAUUUUGGCAGGAUUUCAGCUGGCUGAUGGGCGCAGGAGAGGCUAAUGUCAGUGGGGGGCUUGGGAACACAUUGCGAAUAAGCAACUGAGUAUCUGCUGAAGCGAGACUCGCUGUUUCUGUUAGUGUGCAAGCUUAUGUCACAGAAAGUCUUUGCAUUUGCCUGGUGUGAUUUGUGAUUUAAGCCUGUGCACUUGGACUGUACAGUAGACGUAAAUUCUUUGCAGCAAAGUCUGACAUCCAAAAAAUGUCUACAACAAAACAUCAGGAAACGUGUAUUUACAAGAGCUGUCACACACCUUCCUACAAAUGACCGAUUAUCUCAUUCAGAGAGUCUAAACCUGAUACUUUCUCCUUUUUAGAUUAAACACACACACACCUAUUCACCAGUGUAAAUGCAUGUAAAUGUCUACAGUAUAUUAGGUUUAAUAGCCUUGUUGCAUUCUGGGUGUUUUUUUUCUACACGCAAGCAGUACAUAGAUGAAUCAUCCUUAGCGUGUGCAUGUCUUGUGUGGGAGAUGGAAGAAGAGGGAGAGAGCAAAGGAGUGAGAUAAAAGGGUGAGGGAUGAAUGGAUGUUAAUGCGUGCCUCACCUCAACUCACACCUAAUUCAAACCGAGAGUAAGGAACAUUUUUGCUAUAUUUCUGCUAACAUUCAGGGAUUUGUGAGCGACUCUUUGGUCAGUUUCUGAACUUAUUUAUUCUGAGACUUUAUUCUCACAUUCAGAUGUGAUACUGUAGAGCCUGGGUCAGAAAAAAACAGCACUUAAAUCAAAAACUGCACGUCAGAUCUGGUCAUUUUUUCAAUCUUAUAACAAUGCCAGUUUUUUCUCAGCAAAACACUCCAAGUAAUAGACGCUGCUUUUCUUGCAGAUGCUGAUUAAUGAGUUUUAAUCAUAAUAAUGUAUGCAGUGUUUUGAACAGCACUCUCAAUCUUCUGCUCCAAGCAGUCAACCUUAUGCAAAAAGAAAAAAAUGCCCCCUACUGGGCAGCCUGGGGAGUCACAGCCUAAUAUAAUCUUGUUUAAGAUUGCAUGAAAAGAUUGUCCUGCUUUCACUUCAUGAAUUUUGAGUGCAUCUCAAGAGCGCUGUACUCUUCAUUAUCUCUCUGUGCUGUAGUGUGCGUGUCUGUGGAGUGGUAAUGUUGGCAGGUAAUGCAGUUUCCCCCCCACUUUGUAAAGCUUUCGCCUUGGAUCCUUGUUGUCCCUGUGUGCUUGUUUUAUCCUGCUCCUUUUAAACCCUUCUGUUGUGCUGUCAGAUCUGUUGUUUCCCCCCAUCACGCUUUGAAAUGCGCUCCUGUGUUUUGGCAGUAUUUGGCAGCUAUAUUAGCGUCAGACAAGUGGAGACGUUCAGCAGCGCUGUUCAAUAUUCCCCUGGUGGACUGCCCCCUUCAAUCACAGUUUCUUAAAGCAUCCAUUAUAAGGAAAGCAAUAGAUGGCAGAAGGGAAGGAGGGAGGCCAGAGGGGGAGUAUUGUGAUCCAUCAGUGUGUCUGUCUGCAUCAAAGUAAUGUGCUGUCUGAACCUGAAAAUGAUGCAUCUCUAGAGCCUUCAUCUUCACGUUGAAGCUGCUGAGUUUGCCCUGCAUGUUUGGGACUGAGGAAAAAGAAACAUCAAAUGUGUACUUUGUGGCUGAUAGGUGAGGCUUCUCCUGUUUGCUCUGACUGUCUCCUGUAGACUUCAGAAAAACAUCCUGACGGCACCACCCUGAGGAAAGAAUGAUUCUCUAGAAACAGUCUGAAUGGACUUCAGGGACAGGCAUGCUUCCUUGCAUGUGUGUGUGGGAUCUGGUUCAGUGCCAGUCACUACUCGGCCUUCUCUUCUUUCCAUCAUACCCCUCAUAGGGGGAAACCUGAGUGGGUGCUCGUAUUUGUGGCAACAAUCAGGAGGUGGUUUUCACUUCUCAGUCACAUGGUAUUGUAGCCUGUGUGAACGGAGCAUGAUGGCAUGAUGAGUGCUGGGAAAAGUGAGAUGAGAUCACAAACUGAGUCAUGAACUCAGGAGCUCCAGGCCAGAGAAACGCUUUUUGUUGGUCAGAAAAUGAUUUGCCGGUUAUCACAGUUUUUCAUAUCAGCAUUUUCAGCAGCCUUUCCUUUUCCUGUGUCGCUCAGUUACCUCCAGAGUUGUUUCCUUGGAUAAACAUGCUAUAUUUACUGAAAAAGCAACUGUGACUCAAUUUAUGAGAAAAGCUGGUGAGUCAUAAUUUAGCGUUGAUUGAGUGUAAUCUUCUCCGGUGUGAAGUGUACAUCUAAAUAUUGAUGCUUUUUUUGGGGAGUUACACAACCUCGGAAGCUUCCAGGUUCAUUAUCCAUUUAUUAAGACUGGUGUAAAAUGUGUUUGUGUGUGCGUAUACAUACAACAUUUUUUUGUGGCAAUAUGAUACCAGGAUUUUUUUAAAAGUGAUAGAAAGGGGGUGUUUUUUUGGAGAAAUGUUUUAACAUUUAACACUCAAGUCCUAGCUUUCUGUUAAAGGCACGGUAAGGAAUUUUUAGCUUGAUAACAAGACUGAAUCUCCUCUUUCUUUCUCCAAAAGCAAAAGAAACUAUCACUGGCAAUCAAAAUAAAUCUACUGUGGUAAUGUUUAUGUUACUUUUACGCAUUCAUGGCAAGAGAUAUGAGACAUCACUUUGCCUACAGGGUGCGCCAAUAUCAACACGAACUGAAAGUUCCUCACAGAAGCUUUAAAUAAGUGUGAAACAAUUUUGUUUGACAUUCAAUUCUAUGAAAUGAAAACACCAGAUCAUUUAUAAAUAAACAACAAAAACUAAAAAUAACAAACAAAAGAAACUUUCCUUCAUGAAGCUCCAGUUAAAGCAAGAUUUUAUCUGUUGUUUUUCACAUUGUAAUCUUAGUUUAGAGUCCAACUUAAGUAUUGAUCUUUAGGAUCUUAUGACUUUGGCGCAAGCACUGAUAACUUCGACUUGGACUUGACCACAUUCAGACUUUUAGGAUGGAGAGGAGGACACCAGCUACUUCAUUAACAAAGAGUGUUUCAUUGUUUUUGCUUAUUGUGUUGUAUUAGGUUCUAAUCAUCAAUGCAGGUUUAAGCAAGUGUCAGUUCAUGUUCUCAAAUGAAUGGACGUUCAUGCGUUGUGUUGUUCAGCAACUGUUCCAGGCAGGAUGCCGAAAAAUGAUUUUUGGAAAGGGAAAUAAACUAGUCUUGGACUCAGGUAUUCUUCUUUGGAGACUAAUGGAGCGCUCACACUAGAAGUGAGUAAAAUUAAUCUCCUCGCUUAAUUCAUGAAAUCUAGAUGGGUGAAUGAAUAGUUUUUUUCCUCACUUCAUUCUCACAUCAGCGGUAAUUUCAACGGUAAUCCCUGCCAAUUCAACCAGCGGGAUUAAGUGAUAGACAAGGGUUUCUUACAAUUUACCAGGUAAUCCGACCUCCUCACUCACUUGCCUCCAGAAGAACUCCUUUUCAUUCUGGUUUCGUUAAUUGAAAGAAAAGUUAUCAUAAAAUUCAGGGCACCCACACACCGACACGAUCAGUUUGUCCUCCAUUUUAUAUACCAGUGAACAACCGUCAGUUUUUAUACAUCACCCAGCAACCUUCUUGUUGAUUAGUUGUGACGCGAUUAUCUGCCCAACUGAGACAUUUUCAGCUUCCGCCCAUUUCGUUUUAUUCACAACGCCAGAGUAGUAGGAGCGUCUUAUCGCAUCUUUGCAUUGACUUCACGUAAUUUCAGUCGCACAACUGAUUUUACUCGCACUUGGUGUGUGGAGACCGUAACAAUGGGGUCCUGACUUGGACUUGGCCAGACUCAGUCUUUUGACAUGCAAAUAACCAGCAGCCAACUCAGUGAUUUAAGGUUCAUGUACAUUGAAAUAUCCAGCUGAGUUCACAAGAGGCAUUUCUCCUCCUGGUUUAGAUCUCUGGACAAAGUAAACCCAGAACUCUAAUACAGAACGAAAUGAUUCAAGUCAGCUGAGAUCCCCUGGAGGAGGUGGUUCAACAGCUAGUUUGAGAGCUAGUUUGUCGAACGUGUGUCCUUCCCAUCUCUUGAACCCCCUCUUUGCCAGGCGUAUUUUUGGCCCCUGCAUGACACCACUGAGCAGAGUGGAAGCUCAUCUCUUUCAUGCUCUGACUCACAAGCAAGUAAACUUCUGUAUUUCUGUAUACCAAUGUACCUCAGUGUCAAUGAGGUUUAACUUUCUCGCUGCUUCAAAUCAACCCUCGAAUCAUAUUAUUGGUAGAUUAUUUUGAUAGCAUGCUUCUGACCUAGAUUGUGAUUUUUACUACUUCAACUACUAGCACUUUUUUUUCCUCCAGUGUAUAGGUUUAUUCGAUGAGACUGCCCCUCUUUAUACUACAAUGAAAUGUCCAGACUGAGUUAUUCACACACACAAACACACACACCAAGAAUGCCAGCAUGCCAACACUGUGAAAUUUGAGACCGCCCACUCACCCCAUGGAAACACUGGGAUAGAAAAGGUCAAAAUGCCAUUAUCAUAACUAAUCACAGUGGCUAAUAUCUCAGCAGUAUUAGCUUGAAAAACCUAAGAAAGAUCCAUGAAGUCAAACACAUGAUACCUCCAGCCCAACAUGGCCUCUCCUCUGCAAAUAGCAUUGUGUAUCAGUACAAACCUGGCUGUUACUAUUUCCAGGGUCAGCUCUGAGUGUGCCAUUUCAUCUGGUGUCUGCGUUAGACAGUCGGGGAGAGAGAGCAGCAGACGUGCAGCCAGGAAACAGGAGGGUGCCGAGAAAAAACAGCUGAGCGGAGAGAAACACAGAGGACAGGAAGAGAGAGAAAAUUAGGGGAGUGGGAACCUUAUCCUGGAGUAGCCAGCAACCAGAGCUGCAGACUCCACCCUUCUCACCCCUCCCCUUACUCCCUCUCUCUCUCUUUCUCUUUCUCUCUCUCUCUCUCUCCCUUACUGCUAUCUCUCUCUCUCUCCCUCUUUCCGAAGCAGCCUCUUAGUCUGUCAUUUGACCAGGCAGUUCACAGAGGCGAGAGCUCAAUACUAAGAGGAAAACAGAGGGAAAAAACAGAGACAGAGAGAAAGGAGCACGUUGAAUAAAACAAUCAGCUAGCUGGGAUCUUUUUACGGCUUUUAUCACCAUCUGGGAAACCCUGUGAGUCUGUGGGAGUGGAUUUCUUCUUGGCAGCAGCUUUGGUGGACUCUUUCCCCUCUUCUCGGGUUUGGAUGUGUGGGCUUUAAGUGUCUGCUAUCAACCAAAGAAGAGUAGGAGGAUUAACUGACACCUUUUGGGGGAUUUAAACUUUGGGGAGUCUGUUUGUGUGAGGGCAAGAGAGGGGGAGAGAUAAAGAAAGAGAAAGAGAGGAGGGGAGAAGGAGAGAAAGUGCCGGGCCAUGCCCACCUCUGCUCAUGGUUGAACAGCAUGAAAGGGGGCCACCAUCACCAUCGCCACCACCGAGGCUGUGGCUGCCAACACUUGUUCCGUAAAGUCUUGACCAAGUGUGGCUGCUGCUAUGUGCGGGUCAGAGGUCAGUGUUACACUUGAACAAAUACUAAACAUUUAUGUCAAAGUUUCUUACUGUCAUUCUCAAUUUCUUUCCCCUGGAGUUUUAACUUUACUUUGAAAUGGUAUUAAAAGUAUUUUUUCCUGUUUUGAUGCAUGACUUUUCACUUCACACUUUUAUUUUGCUAAACAAGAGUGAUCUCUCCUUUCCUCUUCUUCAGUCUAAUACCUCUGCAUUCCCUUACUCUUCCUCUCCUCCACAUUUUCUUACACGUCCACCCACCUCUCCCUUAUCUCCCCUUCCAUUCCUCUAAGCGUAUGCUAAUGGUUUUAAAUGUAAGCCUCGAUCCUCUCGCUUGCUCACUCUGCCUUCAGCUACAGCAACAGAUGUGUGUCAAAUACACAUCAGAGCGAGCAAUCCUUCCUACAGAUGCUGCAGAUGAGUGAGCAGUGAGGGGCACGGGGGAAGCAGAGGGCAUGCAUUACACAUUCUCCCAUUAAAAAUAGAGCGUGUGUGAUGUCCCCUCGUCAUGAUGAGUGUGUGUCAGUUGGGUAUGUGCAGCACGUGGAUGGAUGAAACACACACACGGGGGUGCAUUCCUGUAGCCCAAACAGUGAGAGCUGGACAAAACCAGCAGUAAUCCCUCCCCCCAUUCAACCUUCAGCUCUCCUGUUUGUAGUAAUGAAGUGCGGCAGGAAUAGCGGCGCUCCAUUAGAAUAUUGUGCGGUUUAGUAAAAGCAGCAGGUGGCAUGAGAUGUAAUAAUAAAAAGGCUGGUGAGCUGUACAGUCACCCACAUGUUAGGCUGCUUUGAUAGAGUUCAAACCAAACUCACAGCUCCAAAAAAACAUAUUCAGAUCUAUUCUCACAUGACCUCUGCCCCUGUGGCUUAGGAGCAAAGUUGACACAACAACGACGCCUAAUAGCACUUUAUGAGUUUACACCACGGUGCCACGCUGUGUGUUUGUUCCCUCUUACAAGCCGACAUCAAAAGGAUAAAAAGUGUGGACCCACCGUUGAGGCUCUGCUCAUGGGAGGGGGGUGCACAUGAAGUAGACUUUCAUAUUAUUGGGCCAUGUUGGAUACAUACCUCAGAUUCCACCAGUUUAAUCUCUUAUGUAAUGGAUAUUCUCCUUUUCCAUCGCCUGCAGCACCCCACUGCACCUCUAGCAUAUUAUCAUAGCAAACACACGCACACUUAGAUCAUAAAACAUGCGAGUGGAGGAAUGAAACAUUUCAGGCUAUUAAAAGAAAUCUCUAGAAACGUACAGAAAAAUGACAAACUGACAGUUUAAUAGCCUAGAAAACAUCACGCAGGAGGCUCUUUUAUGAGCAGAGAAACUGUGUAAUACUGAACAUUUAGUCACAAAAACACUUGACAGUCUGAGUGGAAUAACCAUCCCCAAGCUACGUUAUAAAACUUUUGAUGUGAAGCUGUAAGAGCACGUAAAGCAGAUUUCUAGGUGGCUGCUGCUGCUUUGGUCUCACUUGUACAUUGAAGGAUCUCAAAUCCCUUUUAUGCCUUUUGUAUCAUAUUUGAUACAUAAUUUUAUGAUACUUCUAUCAAAUCAAUGUGAUCAACACAUUACAAUAACCAUAACUUGUAAAUGAUAAACAGAUAGUUUAUUAUUGUUUAUCAUCAUUUAUAAAUAGCAUAUAGACUAUUAAUAAAUUGUAAAUUAUACAAUUUUAAAAACCUAACCCUAAUUUCACAAUAACCAUCCAAGUAAUGUUUAUAGAUGGUUUAUAUACCACUUAUUAAUCUUUUACAAAGUAUGACAAACAUCAGUUGCAACUUUACAAUAACCAUCUAGUAAUGUUUGUAGAUGGUUUAAAAAACAAAUAUUAACCAAUUUCCAAAGUAUAACUGACACACAUUUUAAUCUAGAUGUUUUACAACCAAUAUUUAAACCCUAUAUAAACCUUUCAUACAUAGUCCAUUAAUAAUCUAAUGAAAAUUAUUAAUCAUAGUUUCAUUGCUUGUUAAUGGUAAAGUAACUAUUAACUUGCAUUAAUAAACUAUCUAUUUGAUAUUUAUAAUGGUCUAUAUGCUGUUUUUAAAUGAUAAUUAAACAUUAAUAAACUAUCUAUUUACCAUUUAUAAAUUAUAUUGUUAAGUGUUACCAAAUGACCUCUUGUGGUUUAUCAGUUUCCUAAAAACAUGUAUUUUAUCAAACAAGAUAAAUAAAUCUAUUUGUUAAAUUUUAUUUAUUUAUUUAUUUUGUUUUUCAGUAGUAAGUGAAAUGUACAAUUCAGCUCCAACAAAAAUUGAAUUUUCUGGCCACAAUUUGUGGUGUCAGGCACUAAAGGGAUAUGCAGUCCUGCCCAAUCAUUACAAAGCUGUUAUAUAUUGUGAUAUAAGUGAGGGUGCAAUGGACUUUAUUUAUUUAUCAAUCCUAUGAUCUUCCUUUUCGUAAACAUUUCAGAUCCUGCUAGAUUUGUCAUUUUCUGUCUCUUUUUACAUAAUGUAUUAGUUACAUGAGCGAUCUUGACUCUCCAUACCCUGUUGUUUCUGGUGAGCUGUUUACAGGAACAACACUGAACAAUGCAGGUCUGCCUUCACAAAGCCCACAGCACUUCAAGCAGUCUGCAGACAAUGUUCUUGCAGGUCAAACAUGUCAAAUCCUAGCAGGUUACUGAUUGUUUCUGAACUGUGCGGGGGUCAGAGGAAGAUUCGCAGAAAAAUCUCUAUGUUGAUAAGAUUUGAGUGGAAAAAAAUAUGCUUGGUGUUAACUCGAGGAAGCAAAAGCAAACAAAGAAUUUCCUGUUUGGUGCCAUUUGUAUAGCAGUGACAGGCUGUCUUCACUGAUUUACUCAGACGAAAUUGUGGACGAUGCAUCCUCAGCGUCAUUGAUUCUGACAAAGCCGUUCCAAUAGCACAAGAGGAAAUUAUAGUGUGCGGCAUGAUUCAUCCCCCUGCUUAACACUUACUUUUACGCUUGUACAGAUGAUGAAACAGUGCGGUGCGCCAUUAUGUCGCACCAUAUGUGUACCCGCCUUAUGCCUUCAUUCACACACUCGCACACACAUGAAACGCCCAAAUGAACACCCUGACAGGAAGCAAUCAGGAACCAAGCUUGAAGUCAUUUCAGCUGUUGUCACUCAGAGGUUAUGACUAACCCAAGAAGGCCUUCCUGCAUCAGAAAAACAGACCAAUCAGUGGCUGUUGUUUGCCUUAAACACACCAUUCUGCUGCACAUUUUCUAAAUUCAGGGUGACGGGAAAGAAUCAUAAGUUGAAGACUUUUUGGCUAAGCGAUAUAAACGAGCAAAUUUGUCAAAAAAGUGUCAUUCGUGGUUGCAAAAUCAUCACUAUACCUCACUAUAGGACAGUACUGAUAUGCGACAAGAGGGAUGAAAAAUAGAGGAAAUGCAGGGAGGGGAGGGUUGGGAUUAUCGAUCCGCUCAACAUGAUAGAGAAACCAGAGAGAUGGACAGGUGGAGAGCUGGGUGUAAUGAAAGAGAGAGAGGCAUGUAGCUCUGAUGUCAGCACCGCUUCGCACGGCACAUUAACAGAUUGGCAGCCAGAGGGCCAUUAGAGAGGGCAGCUCCCCAGCAAAUAAUGUGGACAUACCAUUAAAAAAUAGAUACAGUGUGUGCUGUCGUUUGAGGUUCUCUACAGCUGAUUGCCUUCAUAGACUAGAAUGACCGUAAGUUCACCAAUCAGGUCAAAGAGGAGGCUCUUCUUCUGGAAAAUGUACGUCAUGUUUGAGGAAGAAGGGGGAUAAUGUCCAUGAAGUCUGAUACAUGAGUGAAUAACUGAUUUUUUCUGAGCAACUUCCAGAAAAAGAAAACAUUUCCUUGCAGAUUAGAAAGCUCGCACAGACCAUGACAAUGUAAGACAUAAAAGGCAAUGUUGAACAUGAUGUACUCCCCUGCAGUCUGAGCCAGCACAAUCAUUUCUAUAGUAUUUUUCUGCAGCACAGCAGCCUCCCACUCUUUAGUGGUAUUAGGGAUGCACCCUGAGGUGUAUCUGACACCCAUAAACGUUGUCUGUGAGAGAAACAGAGGGAACAAACAAAAGAUAAGAGAGGGACGAGAGUACAGGGCUGGCUUGUGUAUAAAAAUAACAGCAUUUCAGAGAAAAAAAAUCCUUUUUGUUAGGGUUAUAAUUUUGACCGCACUUCCUCCUCUUCAUCCAUCUUUAAUUUAUUUUAUACCACUUUUAAAUAUGUUUAAUCAUUCUACUUCUAAAACGACAUGUUAAGCACAUAGUUUGAAUUUAUCCUGACAAAUGUAUUCAAUUAAACAUUUCUAAGCAAAUAUAGAGUUAAUAAAACACUUGGGAAAUGUGUUUUAGUCACCUGGAGAAAUUAGUUAUGUGAAACAUUUUGAAAUGCCACUUAACUUCAAACGUUUACGUUUUUUAAAGCAGAUUGAACUGACUACCAACAGAUGCAGUUCAAGUACCGUUUUAUCUGAGCCACCUUUUAUUUUCUGUACAGAUCAUAGAUCUUAUGGUACAGACACAUAAACACUAGCACACUUCCUGUAUAAAAUUCAUAGAAUGUCCCACCCUUUCUCAUUUCCCCUGCACAUGCAGAAAACCUCUUUUGCUGUGUUUGGUGACUUUGGGAAAGUUUUGAUUGUGCUGCUGUAACUUUGGAACAACAUCUAAAAUGACUUUUUCCUCCACAGACUCAAAAUAUCCAUCGCUUCCUUUAUGACUAUGUGUUUCUCCACUGCUAUUGCACUCUCUUUCUCUCCCUCCAAAGCUCCUUUCAAAGACCAAAAAGACUAUAUACCGCUUUUUGCAUGCAUCUAUAUGUGCUCUAUGUGUAUGUCUACGUGUUGACUCAUGCAUGCAAUGGUAAGGACAAGGAUCCCCCCUAGCAACAGGCACAACCCCCGCACACAAAUAUAUUUAAAUGGUUGAAUGGGUUGAUGGAAAGAGAACAAAGAUAUAGGCUAUGUGGGAAACAAAUUAUACUAUUUUGAUGCAAAGAACAUUAUGGAGGGCUUUUACUGUUUAACUAUUCAUUGCCUGCUGAGGAGCGAGUCUGCAACACACACAGCCAUAGCCAUGCGUCUAUAGCCUUAUAUCUAAAGCCUUGGGGAGGAGAGGAGCAGGACUUUUUCACAGAUUUUUGCAUGGGGGGACAUUAUUAUUAUUAUUUUUUAUUUAACCUUUAUUUAACCAGGUAAAAACCGUUAAGAUUGAGAUCUCAUUUACAAGAGAUCCAUGUCUGAGCACACAUACUGAAUAGCAUUUAUUCAUCUCUUCUAUCAAGGCUGAUUAUAGUUUAAAUUCUAGCAUUUAAAUAAUCAAUAGAUGUUUUAUCCCUGCGUAUAUGUUGUUUUCACUUUAAAGGUUCCAUAUAAUAAAAAUCACUUUUUCCUUGUCUGCGUGUAUCCCCUAACAUAUAGCAACCCUAGAAAUUAGGAGGAUUCUGUAAGAAGAUUUAUUAAAUUGGCUCCUGUGGUGAUGUAAUGACAGGAGUAAUUUGCAAAGCCACUCCCACUUCUCAAGCAUCGCACUGUCUCCUAUGCUAUCGUUUUGCUUCAGCUCGUAUGUUUACAUGGUUUCGAAACAAACCCCAAAAAAACAAAAAAACAAACAAAACAAAACAAAAAAAACAUAAGCAAGAGGCUAAUAAAAUUUUAACACAAAACUUUUUAAAGGUCUGGGAUUAUAUUCUGACUGACGUGUUUGCAUGUACUUUUACAAAGUCCAGUUUCAUCCAGACUACAGUAAUAAGUAGAUUUAUUUGGACAUAAUGUAAACAUACUGUGUGUUGCAGAGUCAAGAUAUCAAAGGUUAGAGCCAGACACUCUAACUGCUCUAUCACAGAAACAAACACAAAUAUCCAAACCCUGCACCAGCACUGAAGGACCAAAGAAAACUGGAUGCGUUCUAUUUUCGAGCAAGAAUAUGACUGGACUAGAGUAGGUGCUAAUUUGUUUGUCUGCACCAACCUCGUCACCUCAGUCUGCUGUAAUAACAAGAGCUGACCACAUAAAGUAACACAGCAUGAGAUAAGGAAGUACACUCAUAUUUCAAUGUGCGACAGUAUGACUUUAACAAACUUAGAGCUGUGGUGUCACAAAAUGUUAUCAUAUGUAUUUCAACACACAAUCAGACAAAAACAACACAGCUGCUUUUACAAAAUGACAAAAACAGGCAGAUGAGAGGAGAGGGUAGCAACAAUGUGUGAUCUAAGACUGAUUAUGUCACUUUCCUAACAUUACUGCCUGUUUGAUCUGCCUGAAAUAACCACUGUUAUUUCCCUAAACAUUUUUUUGCUUCUUUGUUCUUAUGAUGGAUAUGGCACUUUAAGAUGAAAUAUUUCAGCCUCAGCUAAGAGGAUAGCAAACACAGUUGUAUGGUGAUAACAAAAUAAAGCAAUAAGCACAUGAAAGCACAUGUAUAACAGCUCAAAAGCUCUGCUGUUAACUUUUUUUCAGUCUCUUUUGAAGUAUAGUCUUGGGGAUGCACAUCUGAUAACUUUCAUUUCUAAAUUUCAAUGCUAGACCUUUAUUUGUGCUUUUUUAUAAUUGAAACCCUUAAAAAAAGAUCUAUGUAACAAUCUUCAUCAUAAUUUUUGUUGUCUUAGUGACUAAAAUAUUUUCAUAUGCUGAUUACAAGUUUCUCCGGGUAGAUGGCAGAAGCUAUAGCUUGAGUGAAGUAUAGUUCUUUAAAGCUCCGGUGAGGAGUUUUUAGCUAAUCAUAAAACAGACUGAAAUCUAUAAUGAAACCUAUUGAGAAGCAACAAAUAGCAGAUUAGCCCAUCCAUUAGCGAGCAAACUUAUUUUUUUCUAGGUUGCAAUUCUCAGUGUUUCUGACCUCUGCAGGUGUGCAUGAAUUACAGUAACAGGUGUGAAGUGUUUGCUAAUGAGUGGAUUAAUGUUGAGCCUCUGCAAAUACAGCCUAGAUUUCUGGAAAAUUAUAAAGCAGAAUAAUACAAUCAAGAGCUGCUCAGUAUGUAAGCUGUCAUGCGGUGACUAUUUGUUUAAGUUACUAUGCUGUGAUAUGUAGCCAUGAAUAAUAACUGACCAACAACCCAAAUCCAAAAUGUAUUUGGACUUUUUUAUGUAAGACAUGAAAAGGCAGAAAACUCUCAUAAUUAAAAGAGAUGAAUCCCACAUUUAAAUACUAUAAUAAUCAAUCCAUUUCAGAACUGAUUUGCUCUACUUUGUUAAUCUGUUCCUGUUGUUUCAUCCAUCCCUUGUGCUUCUCAGCUAUUUGGCUGCAACAUACGGCUCAUUUGCUGCAGUUUCCAGGCAAUUUGAGAUGAAAUACAUAAUCACAACAGGGAAAUUAUUUUUGUCCACUUGCCCUCCUUCACAGAGUGGUCAGAGUGGAAGAUGGGUUACAGGCCCUGGAGCUGCUGCAGUCAACAAUGUGGCUGUUUUAAGACUUAGGAACGUUGAGCCCAAGUUUCCCAUCUGUGACCUCUGACCCUGAGCCAAAUAAAGAAUUUUAGUAGCUUGUAAGACGUGCUUUUGAUAGAAAGCAGUCCUAUUGGCAAACAGCAGGGAAAAAGCACAUGACAGAAUUAGUGUAUCUUUUAUAUUUUAGUCCUGAUGGCUUUCUUUGUCAUCAGCUUAUAAGGCAGACUUUGAGACAUUAUGGAAAAAACAACAAAAAUAGCUGAAAUUGAAGGUAUGCUGCUGGCCUGCUGUGGCUCGGCCGUGCUGCUCGGUAGUCUGAGAUAUUUUUAAACUUUGCACCCCAGCGCACCCUCCACCUCGUCAUCUCCUCUCACCCUCCAACCCAACCCCCCACCCCUUCCCUGGUCUCCACUGUACUCUGCAACUGAUCUCCUCCAUAUUGUUUCUCUCUCACACAUGCAACAGAGGGAAAAAAAUAAAGAUAGAGAGAAAUGGAGCGAGAGGAAGGAAGCGAAGUCUUCUAGGAGCCCCAGUGCUCCCAGUCAGUCUCCCAGCUGGAUAAAGAAAUCUGAAUUUAGAUUUGACUGUUGCAUGAUUUGCCAGCUUGGAAUGUGAACAUCAAGUGGAGCAUUAAGAUCAUUCCCGGGGCAGUCUCGUUUUCUCUCUCCAUCGCUCCCUUCCAUUCUCUCCCACUUUCUCUUUUUAUCCAGUGGUUAUACAUUUCAUUUUUUUUACACUCUUAUUCACGGUUCAGUCUCUUGUCCUCUUGGCUCCUCUGAACAAGCCAUGGCCUGACAUAUUUCCAGAGCUCCCUAGCUCGUCUCCCUCUCUCCAUCUCCCACUCUCUUUUCCCUCUCAUUUCUCCUCUUCCUUGGGGCUCUGUUUGUAAAUGUGCAGAGGAGAAGAAUGAGGGAACAAAUUAUGAAACGCAGGAGUGCAUUCCAUACCUUGUUUAGAAAGAAUUCUCCUACAGCACAGAGGGGGAGAGGAGCCACUUCCCCUGCGAUUCUAACCCCUCUUUCAGCCCAUAUGGGUCUUUUUAUGUCUGUGCUCUUCUAGGCUCUGUCCGACAUUUGCUCUCACCAUACUCACACCCUUUUAUCACUUUUGUGUGGCUUUAAUCCUCCUUGUUGACCAUGAAAUGUUACACAUUUUGAUCUUGCGGCAUAGAAGUGUGAAUGAGCGUGGUGUGACCCUUUUUAUUGUCAGAAAGCAAUAAAACACGGGAACUGUAAGGCUGAGAAACAGGUUGGACAAAAUGAGAGUUAGACAAGUGCUCUGAUUUCCCCUCUUCUCCUCAGCAGUUUUCUCCAGAGAAAACUCAAUGGGGGCCACACUGAGAAACUUUCCAAAACAGAGCACAAAGCAAACAAUGGUUAGCGACAACAUUGAAAGUAAUAUGGAGCUGUGUUAAAGGAGUGGCUUCAACUUUACUAAUAUCUAGGAUGAACUAAUUAGGUUUACAGUCUGGAAGAACAGCUGCUCAUUGUGCUUUGGAAAGGUUACCCUACUCUUAAUCAAAUUUACAUUUCAAACUGAAGACACAAGGGCCUGAGCUGUUUGUUAGUAUGCUUUAAGUAGUCUUUGACAUUUUGACAUCGCUUCAGUGGUUGUAUAGUGUUUUCUUGACCUUUGACCCAGAUUUCCCUUUCUUGUAUAUCCCUCUUUGACCUUACGCUACAAGUUCAUGAUUCAUCAGUUGCAUAAAAUCAUCCAAUUAUUAAGUAACUAAUGUAACUUAAUCAUGGGUGGGCGAACACAUAAACAAGGCUGACCUAGCUUCUUGUUUCUGUUCACUUUGGCAGAAAGAAUAAAAGAAUCUUUUGAUUUGGGAAAUACGUCAAAAAGAAAGGGACAUAUGAGAGAACGUGUUUCCCAUCGUCUUGAGUCAUUUCCUCCUUUGUUUCUCUUCGCUCAACGACACAGUCAGCAAACCUGAAUCGAGUUGUUUUGCUGUUCUUUGUCACAGGCUGCAUUGAUUGUCUGUUGACAGCAGGUAACAUUGAUUGUUAAAGCAGACACGGCUCAUACUUCAGAGAUAGCUUGAAGCAAGUCUGUUGCAGCUAUUACUUAACAUUUGAAAUCUUUAUUGUGCUUGAGUGGCAUAAACAAAUUACUCUUGAACCAGCAAUGUACCAGCAUAACAGAGAAAUACAUCUAUAGUUUUUCUUGAAGAUUAAAAAGCUAGUUGCGUUACACAAUGGCUGAGUCAUCCUUUUGUAUCCAGAGGGUAAAUCGCACACAAUUAGCAUGUCUAUUAGCAUGUAGCAGUCAAGUGGCAGGGAUAAUGUUAGCAGUUUUUAGAGACUUAGAUAGCAUUUUUCUCCAUUCAUCCAGAUGAGUUAGAAACCUUUCAACACUGAAUUAGAAAUAUCACCAGCAUAAAAAUGUCUUGUGUUUCAGUUGUUGUAAAUGCGCUAAAAUGUACAUGUGUUAUUAUUGUCUAGACCUGUUUUAUCUGCACUGUCAUGUUUCCAGACAUGCUAACUGUUAUUUAAGUGUACCACAGAAAAACUCUUUUUUAAUCUGCAGACUUUUCAGAAGGUUUUGCACGUGGACCUGAGCCUCAGGCCUCCUUGUAACACUUGAAUAUAUUUUGCUUAUCCAUAAUAGCCUAUUCACAGCUGCAUGGAGAACUAUAGCUGUUGCUGACAAAGACAAAAGCCGACAGGUGCAGAUGCUCAUCCUGAAUUUGUAAUUAGAUUUCCAGAAGUGUUCGUUAUGGACAUGGAUUUAUUCUACAAAGGCAUGAUCACAUUAGGUGAUGGUGUUGGUACAUAUACAGAUAAAAUAGCGUGCUAACUGGACUGACUGCAAAGGUGUGUGUGUGUGUGUGUGUGUGUGUGUGUUUGCCAUGUCUGUCCCAGUGUGUGACAUGAAUUGCAUGAAUUUACGUAUGUAUAUGCCCACAUGUGUAGGUUUAUUUCAUGUCUUGCCGUUGGCUAAGCUUUUGUCCCUUGCUCUUUCCCUGGGUUUAGUUGCUAUGGUGAUAAGAGUGGGGGAAAGCCAGGGAUCCAUGGAAAGGAAGGAGAGAAUGUGUCUCGAAAACCCGUCAUGUCUGACUGAGAGUAUCUGCACCAGGACUUCAUAAGAGUUCAAAGCCUGGCAAACACUAAAAAGUUUUUCUAAACUUAACUGAUUUUGAAAAUGUCAGAUCAGGACAGAUAAUGACAGACUUAAGUGUUUGGUUCAUAUAGUGUGUGUUGUGUAGAGUGUAGCAUGUGGUGAAUACAGCACACCACACACAUAAUUUUUUUUUUUUUACCAGCAAUCAGAGUCCUAACUCUCAAAACUUAAACUCUCACAAAAUCCUGUGAGAUGAUAUGUGACUUUGAAGUAAAAACAUGCCAAACUAACAUGCUAACCAUUGCUUGCUAACUAGCUUUCUGGUACAUCUAUCUGGUACUUCUGCUACAUCUGUGGUAGGGGUGGGAGAAAAAAUCAAUACAGCAUAGUAUUGUGCUAUUUUGUCUGGUGAUAUAUCGUAUCGUCUCAUUUACAAAGUAAUGAUUUUUAAAUUAAUUGUUAAUAUGAAGUCAAAGCUAUGAUGAAAGAAAAGUUAGUACAAGAAAUAUGUAAAAGGUUUGCAACAUAUGCUACAUAAAAAUAAAAAGCAGCAUAAAAGUAAAGACAAAUGCUAAAUUAGCUUAACAGUUGAAAAAAAUGUGUAAAUCGCAAAAUGUUGUAUUGCAAUACUCAGUGUAUCACAAAAUAUUAAAAAACGCAAUAAUAUCAUAUUGUGGCCCAAGUAUCGUGAUAAUAUCGUGUCGUGGGGCCACUAAUGAUUCCCACCCCUAAUCUGUGGUAGCAAAUUAUUUUCAGUGCCCUGUUAGUGUUGAUAUGUUUUACUGGACAUUGACUUCAUCUGUUUGGCUUUCUUCUUCAGCCAGCUCACUUCCCCAUUGGCUUUUGUUUUGUUCCAAGUGACAAUGGACAGAGUGCAUGCUUGUGGUGUUCAUAUGUAGUUAUUGUAAGGCUGGUUUGUGCUCAAGUCCUCUUUUUUCUGCGAAGCUCCAUUUUAAAAAGUCAUUAAGGGGUUAAUGUUUUCUAUGAUUGACACCUGGUACAGCCUAUUGGCGUUCAGGGAUUGCGUAGCUCACCCGGGGGAAACGCUGUUUGAGCCGAGCGUCAUCACAGCGACUCUCGGCGCCUCUCCCGCCGAAUGCGCACAAUGUUACUGCGCAAUGCUGGUUUUAGGAAAUGAAGAAAAAUCAUGUAAAUACAGAGCUUUCUGGCUUCAAAUCCAUAUACAGGUGGGAGGCAUAAUAUAUACAGUCUAUGUGUGUACCCUGCUUGAGAUCAACCACUUUUUAUUUGUUUCUGCUGUCGGGUGAUCAAUUCAUUCUUACAUCAGAACUGGUCGUUAUGCUGAUGAUGUUAUUGUAUUUAGUGGUAAGGGUGAAAUCAGCUUUUGCGGUUGAAACAGUUGAACAUAAUAAUUCUAGCCACAGGCCUGUUAAGUGACCAUGUUGUAUGCAGGCGGUAUGAUAAACAGUCAAAGACCAGAGCUCAGACCUAAGGAAACCAGAGCUGUGAGGCAUAGCAGGACUAAGAGGCAAAGACUCCACAUCCUCCAGAACCACAGCUCUUUCUCCAGCCCUCUCCGCAGGCCUCCUGACUGACACUGCUGCUAUUGCCAUUUGCUCUCUUUCAGUGUGUGUGUGUGUGUGUGUGUUAUUGUGUGUAAGCCCAGAUAAUCAUGCUGAUGAUCAACAGUUACCCACUGUGCUCUAAAGUGCUCUUUUGCUCCCUGCUGUUAAAAAAAGCUCAAAAGUGUGGCAUUAAUCAUCACUGUGAAUAUUUGGACUCACACAUAAGACGCAUAGACACUCACAGCAACACACACUACAACAAAGUGGUGUUCAGUCACUGUGAGAUUGUGUUACUGCAUUGGCGUCUUGCUGCUCUCUACAUGCUGUUGAAGAUUUCUUAAUGAACACGUGUGAUUUUACAGCAAUUGAAAUUAAAUUUAUCUUCAGAUACUAAAAGAAGCUCAAUAAUAACAUACCUCAACACUCUAUGAUCUACCUUAUUUAAGUCUACAUUUAAGUCUACAUAAUGCUUCUUUUUCAAUCAUUGCAGCCAGUAAAAUACAAAUAAGUUGACCUGAAACUAUCUUGUCAGACCAGACACUGUAAAUCAACAGCCAAAUUUGCAGCAUGUCUGUCUUCACAAACGAAUUCAUCUAUGUCUCUGCCACACCAACCACAGUAUAAGUAAAUACUCUUUGUCAAGUGGCUUGAUGAAAGUGUCAAAGCAAAACCACAGGUUUACUGCCCUGCUACUUCUGCAGACACAAAAAGGAGAGCCGGAGUCACAGAAGGAUAAGUGUAUGUGUCGUUAUUGUCUCAUAACAUGGGAUUACUAACGUUUAAAUCACCCCUCUAAAUUCAUUUAAUCAUCAAAACUUGAUGACGACAACCCUGUUUUCAAGGUUUCAGAGCAAACCAUAACCUUCUUCUUAUUUUCAAACUUGUUUAACUUCAUUUGAGAAUCAUUAAAACGCUUUGUGAUUAACCAAAACAUCGUUCAAAAGAGCUCAUGAAAAUGCAAACACUCAAAAUCAGCCUCCUUCGCUUGUUUCCCUGCUGACAAAGACUGAUUUUCUGCCUCUGACAGCUCAAUACUAAUCAAUAUUAGCCAAAGCAAAGCAUGGAAAUAAUUAAGGUUAAGCUUAAUGACGGCAAUAGGUAGACAUCAUUCAGCCUCACACUCGCAAACAGGAGGUUUAUAGUUUAAAGAGGGGGGAUUAAAAGGACAUUCCACUGACUUCUUCACAUUAAGGUCAAAGUUAUACCUGCUUUAUCCUCAUUGCUUCUUUUUUGGCAAUUCAUUAUAGUUCAGAGAUGGUGCAAAGCUCAAUCAUGGAAACCAUUAAAUAUUUGUAUUUUGCUGUCAGUUCUAUCAUGCUCUGAUAUUUGCAUAAUAAUAAUAAAAACUGUAUUUAUAUAACAACUUGAAAAACAGAUGGUUACCAAGUGCUUUAACAGAAGAAGCAAACAAAGGCAGAAACAGACAAAAGAAAAUGGACUGUUAAAGAUUGGUGCUUGGUGGUUGACAGCAUCGCAUCAGGAAGGUGAAAAGUAAGAAGGUGGAUAGACGACAGAUAAAAGAGGAAGAGAAAUAAAUACAUAGAUAAUUAAAUAAGAUAAGGUAAAAGAGGAAUAAUAAUGAAAAGGAAGCGAGUAUAUUAAAAUGAGAAAAUGUUAAAAACAGGGCUAAUGAUAUUAAUAAUAAUAAUAAUAACUGACAAGGUUAAACAAGAGGUAUUCAGGCAAUAAGAUGAAUAAAUUAAGUAAAACAAAAUAAUAAUAAUAAUGAUAAAAUAAAUAAAUAAAUAAAUAAACCAUGCAUCAUAUAAAGGCAUCAUGUUAAAGCAAGUCUAAAAAAGUGAGUUUUCAGAUGUUACUUAAAAGUUGUUACUGAUUCAGCCUGCAUCAUUGUGAAGUGCACCUAACCAAAUCAUCAGUCUUCUGAAUUUAACUGUGAGUGUAAGUUUGAUUCCCUGUAGUGGCAGAUGGUGCCAAGAGCUUGGCAAGUCUUUCUUUGAAUGGUUCAAGAGGAACGUCUGGAGUUCUUCAAGCUUCUUCGCUAUAAACACAUAUCCGUUUUUACACUGCCAAGAAAAAGAGUGUGUGCGCACUGAGACGGCCACUGUCUUUUCGUGCUGAGGCAUCUUUUUUUGACCAGUUAAGAUACAAAAUAGGUGCUUAAGCAGACAUGGCAUGUAAGCAAGCACAAUCUUGGCUACUUGAAAUGCACUGUUAGACUUAUGUUGACCUGAUUUUUGAGUCAGCAGCACUAGUGGUGGAUCAGAUCUAUGUAGCUCUUUGUAGGGCCGCUUCAUAAGCUCUCAUCAGGUGAAGUGUCUGAGUCACUCCUCCACAUUGUCCCGCAGACAAUAGGAUUAAUGCUAGAUUUAUCCAUUCAGGUCUGCUUUUUUCCUGCAACUUUGAUGCGUUAUGCUAAUGAAAAAAGGCUGAUGGGAGGAGACAGAUCCUAAUGCUAUGUUUGUGUAUUGCUUGACAGUGUCGACCACAUAUUUUCCUCUGUGCAGUGUGUGCAUGUGAGUCUGUGUAAACUGGGUCAGUAGGAGGACAGGAAAUCUCUGUGCACUUGUCUGUCUGACUGCUGUGUCCCUCCAAAAGUUGUGCAUCCAAAUGCCUUGAGAUGAAACAGACACAGUGAUGACAGCAGUUGUGCCGUUACGUCUGCGUCUAUGCAGAAGAUUGGGGAUGAGCAUUUUUUAUGCAUGCAUACUCUUAUGUAAAUCUAAAAGGCAGUAAGUAACUUUAACUCCCUUCCCUCUCUUCUCUUUUCAUCCUCUUCUCUACUUUCACUCAUGGUUUUAGCUUUGGCCUGUUUAGUAUUUGUGAUUCAUCUUCUUUUACUGCUCACCUUCAUCCUGUUUCACUCUCUCAAACCUGCCGUAACGUCUCCCUCUCUGUCUUCUUUUUUUCAAAUAAAAAUAAAAAUUCAGUGUUAAGACACGAUGGCUGUAUUUUCAGAGGAUGCCUUAGGCUCACUUUUUUGCCCUAAAAAAGUCCUCAUGGAAAAACUGAGGAAAUAAAAAAGGGAUAUUCCUAGUACUUUUACUCCUGGUGCCUCUGUGCCAGUUGGUUUUAUGUGUCAGAGUUUUGCUGGUCUCAGCAGCUUCAGGGCACAGAGGGGCAUUGCAACAGAUGAGAGAGCUGUAUUUUCUGAUCCAAGAGCAGGCAAAAGUCCAAAGCACUGCGGUGCUGAAAGGAAAGGAUAGAGUUGUAAAGGAGGAUAGUGGGGAGUUAGAGAGGGAGCAAGAUUUUAAGAGAAUAGAAUCAAGAAGAAAAAGAAGAAGAAGGAGGAUGAAGAUCAGGAGGAAGAGAGACUUUGGGCAAUGGAGUGAAUUAAAUCAGAAAAAAGAGAAAGAGUAAUAUCAGCAGUAUUAAAAUGUGUAGUCUUUUUAAUGGGAACUUUUAUAUGUCAGCAUAUAAUGUGUAUUUAUAAGAGUUCAUCAGAGGACAGCUGGAGGGUUUCCGGUCAAAUGCUGCAGGUACUAAGUGCCUCAUUGUCUCACAGGUCGUUCAGUCUGCACAUUUGAAUGCCUAAGUGCACCCCAGGUCCCGCGAGCUGAUGGGAAGAGUUUCCAUUUCCUCUGAGUGAGUGAAAUGUAAUAUGCAAGUUCAGCCUUGGCUAAAGAGCAUGGAGGGUGUGUAGUGGGUAAUGAAAGGGAGAGAGAGGGGAGUUGGUGUAGUGUUGAGAGUUGUUCGGGAUGACGCAGAUGCUCUUCAGUGCCUGCGCGUUGACCGCCACACUCUCAGACCCUCCUGGGUUGUGAUCUUUGAGCUGCUGGCAUUGAUUGUUUACUCCAAGAGUCUCUUAGUCUCAGCUGGACAUUUGACCCGUUUGACACGGGUUACCAGCAGGCUGCCUUCUUCAGACCUGCUGCAUGUUGCUAUGGCGGAUAUGAAACCAUAAGCUUGGGUAAUAGCAGACAGUCUGCAGCCGUCCAUCUGGACAUAAACCCCAGCAGACAUGAACGUGUGCCAUUUGAUUCGGCCCCUACAUGUCUGUCUACAUCGCAUGCAUUGAUGUAGUUCUAUGAUGUCAAAAUAGCAUUUAUGCUCCCAUGAGGUGGUAGUUAGGAGAGAGGGCUCCAGAGUGGAGUAGCUGUGAACAAGUUUGCUCCAUUACAGCUAACGCUUUUAGCCUGAUUUGUUGGCUCAGCAGUGUUCACUUAUAGAGAUCAAUAAGGGGGAGAUGGACCAAACUUCUUCGGUGUGACCCGACCAACAUUCAUAUCAUGUGGGUUCUUCAGCCUUCUAUCCAAAGCUUGGGUCUUAGUCUCUGGGCAAUGUUUUCUGAUUCAAACCAUUGACUGUAUAUUAACAUGGAUGCUGCACUUUCAUACUCCCCCCGCUGUGAGAUAUAACACCAAAAUACUGUCUUAAUGAGCGCUGACAUAUUAUGCUGGUGGAGCCAAGGCAUAUGCAGAAGUAAUCUGUCUGGUGGGGCUGCAGGACUGACGUCACACCCCAUCCCCAGGCGAAAGCAGCAAUUAAUUUGGCAUUGGACGUCAGCUUAUAAAGAAGGCUGAAGACUGGUGGUGUUAGCAGCAACUGGCAGACUAAUUUGAAAUAAUUUACCAACAGAUUCUGGGAUUUUCAACUGAAAAUUCUUCAUUAUGAUAACACAAUAAAGUCAAUUAAUAAUAAUAAAAAAGAUAAAUGUCGAUUUCUGCUUGUUUCUGCUUGUACAGCAUUUGUACAUAUUCAUUUUUAUUGUGAGAAAUGUGGAAACAAUAUGAGUUCUAGAAAUACAAUAUUGUUUGAGGGCAGCGAAAACAACAAAUAGUCACGUGCAAACAAGGAAAAAUCUAACAAAAAACUUGCAAAGGUUAUGAGAAAAGCAAAUUCGAGUUAUUGGCUUUCACAUGAGAUGAGAAUCUUUUGUUUUUGGUAAAUAUGCAACUAAAGGUCCUUAUGUUUUGAUGUGCGCUGCAUGUGCAUGUUGUGGUGUGUUAAGGACCAAGCAGUAAGGCACAAAACACAGGAUUGAUUUGAAAGAAAAGGCUGUUUUCAUUUUCCCCGGAUCAAAAAUAUAAAAAACAAAUUUACAAUUAAACAUGAUAAGAACUAGGCCAACAUGAUUGUUAGUAUAACAGAGGGUGUGUCUAAUCUUACGCUAUAAAAAUGUGCACACCUAGUUUAAACAAUGUAUGAUUGAACACACAAAUAGUAAAACUAAACAAGCUUUGUAUGUGCACUGAUGGAUUAACUUCAAAUUCAAACAGCAGAUAAUGGUGGUGGUAACUAUUGAGUUUAGGUGCAGCUGGGAUGGCAUGAAUUUUUCACAGUCAAAAAGUUGCACCUAUUCAGGUCCAAAAGUACAAGAUGAUAAAUCACAUUGUGUGGGAAUAUCCAGUUACGGAUAAAUGAAUCCAUAGAGUGCUUAAAUUAGACCCACUUUAAUUGCCUUGUUAUGCAAUGAAGACAAUCAAACUUCUCUGUCGUGACUUGUGAGUAAGAAGCACGAAGAAAAAAAUCUGGAACUACUUUGCUGCUAAAACCCACUUGCCUCUACUGUUGCAUAGUGCUGCAACUUUGUGGAUGAGCCUCCCACCCCAGGGUUGCUGCUCACUCAGCCUUUCAGACAGCGAGUGGGCGACUAGUGAAAGCCCAGCAUUAACCGAUCUCCACACAGAAGGUCAGCUUAAUGCAGUCCUGCAGCUCUCUGCCUUCAUCUGUUGAUUACACUCAGCGCAUAAACAAUACUUAGGCUGCAUUAACAAAAUCAGCCUGGGUGAUCUUCUCUUUGCAGCGCUGUUAUGGAGAUAAAUGUUGCUGGGUGCCAUUAGCACUCACGAAGACAGAGUGAACGUGCGGAGGAUUGUUUUAUUUCCCCAACUUCCUCUGUGUAGGUGUAUAAUGUUAUCAACUCCUCUCAUCUUGAGCGGAGGCAUGUGGCUCUGAGGGGAAGCUCAUCAUCUCCCUUUGUGUUCUGCAGCUUCCCUGCUGUUAAUGUGAAAUCAAAAAGCUGUUAUGGAUGUGCGUGUAAUAGCUUGCAUAGGUUUCGUAUAAAAACAGAUUAAGCUCUCUAGGGUCAACAAAAACGAGCUGCAUGUAUAAGAAUCUGUAGGAGUCCUGAAGAGUUGCUAUGGUGACGGAUGCAGACAUAACGAUCUUCGUUAUGAGUAAAUUACACACACGCUGCACAAUCUGUGUCUUUCUGACCCAGGGUUUCGAAUCAUGAAGCUGCACUUAACUACUUCCAGCACACAAACACACUCACACUCACACACCCAGUACGCCUUCAGCUCUUUGAUAAGCUAUCUCAGCUGAGGUCUGGAGCUGGUUAAAGACCGUGUUACUGCCUGUGUCCCUGCACUGUGACCCCCCCUAAACCCCAGGGCUGCCUCACUGAACCUGAGCAGGGAACUCUGGGGAACUCAAACCUUUGGGUCUGGACCUGGUUAGUGGUCAGAGAAGCUGGAGUGGAGGUUAUCACAUGUGCUUAGCAUCAUUUUCACUUCCCUUAGAGAUAGUGUGUGCUUUGAACAGGGCUGUGUUCAGAGGUGUGGCAGUGGAUGGCAUGGGCCCCUUUUGCGUUUGAAAGGCCACCCCAGGUACCACCCGAAAAUUCUCAAUUGUAAUUGGUAGAUUACUAGAGGGGUAAAUAUUUUUAUAAAUCCCAAAUAUGAUGUCAUCUUAUCAACUGUAGACACAUACUGUACAGUACCGUAUUUUUCAGAGGACAAGGCGCACAGGAUUAUAUGGCGCACAGUAAAUUGAUCACACAUAGGGCGCACCGAAUUGUAAGGCGCAUUAGGCAUUGGCGCAUUGAUUGGUUUAUUGUUGCUACUACUAUUGCUGCUAUUGUUACUCCGGGCCUGGGCUGCCUUACAUGAAUGCACUUCUAGUUUAGACAUUACAGUCAGGCAGUCAUGUAGACUGCUCAUGGGUCCUGUUACGGGGUCGACCAGGUAGUGACACAGCAUACCGUAAUGCUCCGAAUAUCCACUGAGCAGAGCAGCUUCGUGGCUUACCAAAGUCACAUUUACACAUUUCGACAGAUUUUUGAGCGCAUUGUACCACAUAAAACCAGUCAGUAAGCACAACAAGUAAUCAUACAUAAGGCACACUGUCAAUUUUUGAGAAAAUUUAAGGAUUUUGAAUGUGCCUUAUAGUCCGAAAAAUGUCGUAAUCAUUUAAACUUUAUGUAAAUUCCCUGCAGGACUGAGCUGUCUCUCUUCAUUAUACCCCUCUGUUCUCCUCUCUCUCCUUGCUAUCCUGCCAGAUCUCCUCACACUCAGUCCGUCAUGUGGGAGUGGGUGUGGUGUGGUGUAGUAGGGAACUGGGAAAUUAUUGUACACAAACAUGCAUCAUGUGGAGGCAAGACAUCAGUGAAAAGAUAACAGAGGAAACAGAUAAUAGUUUUUUUGUGCAAAAAAGACAAACAAGCAGUUUUGCUCUAUCAUUAACGUAUUUUACCGUAAGUUGUGUGCACUGACCGAGAUGUUGUCAGUAAUUUCUCAAACAACGUGAUUGAGGUUUGAAAAGUCUCCAUCCCUUCAAACUUCAAUGACCUUUUGAAGAUGUUCAGUCUCUUUGUACUUAAAGACAGUCCACUCUCCAGCUGAGCUUGGGACAUAGUCUCUGAGUGGUUUCUGCAGGCUGGUUCUCACUGCUGAGUGAGUGCUUGAUAAGAUCUUCCUCUGAGGCUCACAUUAGCAACACUAAAAUUAGGUCAGUGUUGUCUUCUUGUAAACAAAUAUAAAAAAAGUUCACAAAAUCUAUUCAAACAUUUUGAAAAGCUUAUGUUCACAUGGAAGGUCAUUUUGUUUUUCCAAGUUUGUCAAAUCUAUUUUGUGAUCAAUGAGAACUAGUGGCUCGCAAAUGCUGAACUAUGGGGGAGGAGGGUUGUUCUGAGCAGGAGAGAGUGUUUCUCCAUCUGUAGAGGACUGGUAAUCAAAGGUCAGAGGUCAGGUCUGGGGCAAGAAGAUAAAUGGUGGGGGGGUGGCUAGACUGGACUGCGUUUUCACCCAACAGAUACAACACUCCACACAUGUGGCUCAGAGGAAGAGCUAUGUCAGGGCCGAGGAAGGGUGGUGAGGGUUGGGUGGAUGAGGCAGGAUGGGAAAAGAGGACCAGACAGAAAAAACAAACAGUCCCCCAGCAAAGGGUCUUCCCUUCUACAAAGGAUUAAAGUGGAUGUCCGGUCCCAGCUCACUCCCCCAACGGCCCACUUCCCAUGUCCUCCUGACAUUUCUGUGCAGCAGGCAGCCUGCACAUUUCACAUCAAGCACCCUGACCUCUGCUGUGCGCCUCGCAUUCGAGUGUGGGUUGGUCAUGCAUUUGGCUGCAAAGCUCGAUAAUAAAAAUGUUUUGUGUUACAUAAACAGAAAAGACCGUCUGUAGGAGAGUUGGACAGUUGUGUUUAUAGAGAGAGAGGGGGGAUAUAUGGGAUAUGUAUGCAUCCACUCUUUGUUUUAAUCCCCUCUUUACUUCUUUUUACUUCUGUUUGUCCUCUGUUGUUUUGCUCUGUUGUUUUUGCCCACUUUUUAAUGGAUUUUUUGACUGCUAAGAUGCAGAAUCAGGGUGUACUUUUCUUAAUUAUCAUCGGUCUUUUUUCAUAUUGUGCUGUCAUUGAAAUAUUUUGGAUAACUGUUCAUUCUUUGUUCCUUUAUUUGCUCCUUUCUUCUAGAUUCAUACUCUGCAGCAGGCAGUGAGGGCAGCAUCUCCACCUCCGUGGCGUCCCUGCCACCGCAGGCCUCAGGCAGCUCGGCCCCAAGCUCCCCUGGUUCUAGACGCUCUGUGAGCACCCUGAAGAAGUGGCUCACAAACCCAGUACGUAAACUCAGUGCCGGGGCCACAGCUAAAGGGGAGCGUCAGGUCCGCAAACUUGAAGGAAAGCCUCCAGCUCUUCAGUCCCACAGCAACAGCCUGGACCUGGGCACCCCACCGAGGCCUGAUGACACCUUCACCAUCCUGCCUGUCACCCACAGAGAACCGGUGAGAGUUGCAAUGUUUGAACAACAAUGCUUCCUUUUUUUCAAAGUCACAUGAACUAAUCAAACAGGGCAACUUAUUUGAGUUGAACCACCCCUUAAGUAAACUUAUUAACUUCUUCCUACACUUUCUCAUCAUGAGCCCUUCUUACAAACUGGUUCAGAGGUAAACAUGCAAGGUGUUAGUCUUAUAUAGAUAUGAGCCAAAGCCAACAUUAUGGCUGGCUUGUGUAUUAAGAAAAGCUCUAAAAUGUUAGCAGAAACACGGGUUUGAUGUAAAGUUUCAUUAAGUAUCAUGGCAGGUAGAGAUGUCGUUAUAUAAGAGCAGCACUGCUGGUUCAGCCUGCAGGACCUCAUGCUGCCUGUGACUCAUGAGCUCUCUGUGUUGUGUGUUUGUGUACGUAGCUGCAAGCCUGAAUGCAUUUGCACUGAUGAGGACCUUUUAUGUGAUGUUUAUAUUGUGUUAUUCUGACAGAAUGUGGGCAUGUGUGUGUUUGUGUUUGUGUAUUUCAGGAGUGGAAAGACGGCCUGGCGAGCCCUGAGGACCUGUCACCUGCGACGCUGCAGGCUCCGAGCUACAUAACGGACUCGCUGAUUGGCUGCACGUCACUGCCAAAUGUACAGGUCAGCCUGCAGGAUGUACAAGAAUUUAUGCAAUUAUUAAAACUUAUUUUAGCAGAACUUUUUUUUCUCAGACUUGCAGCUGCUAUGAGGAGGUUAGAAAACAGGCAGAGUGAAAGGUUCUGCACCAUACAUUCAUAGUGAGUUACAUGUUGGGCAUUCUCAUUUUGGUAACACUUUACUUGACGCCUAUCUAUAUCUAUAAUGCGUUAUAAUCACGUUAUAGCACUGUAUAACUAUAGUUAUAAACACUCAUAAAUGAUCAUAAUGCUUUAUAGCAAUAAUCAUAACACAUUAUAAAGCAUUUUAUCAUGACUUACAAGGUCAGGUAUUAAAAUGUGUUAUAACUGUUAACAACUCACUGACAAUGCCCACAUGGAUAAUGCAUUAUACAUAUAUUUAUGAUGUAUUAUAAUUUGCUUAUAAACUUGUAAAACUAUCAUUAUAAACACUCAUUAAUUAUCAUAAGGCUUCAUAACAAUAAGCAUAAGACAUCAGAAUAUCUGACCCUGUAAGUCAUGAUAAAAUGCUUCAUAAUUUGUUAUGAUUCUUGCUAUAAAGCAUUAUAAUCAUUUAUAAGCAUUUAUAAAUAUAGUUAUAAAAUGCUAUAACAGGAUUAUAAUGGAUUAUACAUGUAUUUAUAAUGCGUUAUAGAGAUAGGCAUCAAGCAAAGUGUUACUGACAUUUUUUGCACCUUAUGCAUGAACCUUUGUCCACAGGGGUUGCAAAAAUCAACACAACCUAAAGUUACUUACAGGAGCUUUAAUGUUAGGAGGAACUUUUUACAGGGUGCUCAAAAUUUAAGUGAACAUUUUUGUUUUAACUUAAGCAUCACUGGUUUGAACAGGAUUUUAACCAUCAGGUUAGGGUUGGUUUUUAGCCAACUGUUGACUAAGUUAGUCCCUGAGAGGAAAACAUUUCUAUUGUGGACCCUGGCAUACAGAUAACAACAGUCCACUUUGUCUGCACAACCCCCUAGCAAGCUCUGCAAACAACCUUCCUCUCCACUGCUCUAUUAUUGAAUAAAACCAACAUAUAGAUGCACAAGCUUAUUCUACUUUAUAUCACCUGACCACAUAUGUAAAGAAGAGUAAUAGCCCCACACAAACACACACGCAUAUGCAAAAGCACACUCUUGCAAAGGAGUUUUAAUGUAUCCAAGCCCUUCCCAGAGCAGAUCAAUGUACCAGAGGACCAGAGGGCAGCCUCACAUAGACAGCAACCUAUGUGAUGCAUGACUCACAUUCAAGAUGUUACAAAAGAGUUAGCCUGGAGAAAAAUAGGAAAUAGCAGGAAAAACAGCAGAUGUGAUGAAAGAUGACUCCACUUGUGUGAACAGACAAAGGACACUGUGUGCACACAGGCCUUCAUUUUUUCCAUUAAACACUCAGAGUCAGUUGCUUGUGGCAGAAGACUGUCUUGAGUCAAGUCAGUCCCUUUUAAGAAUUGAGAUUCAUUUGAGCAGCAGUAAUAUUGUAUGAAUCAGCAGAGACCAGACGUUAUCAAUAUUUAAGUUAAUCAAUAUUGAUGUCUGAGUGUUGGAGCUUUGAGGAGAGAUCCUAAUUUCAGUCUCAAAAAACACAACAAAGCCAUUUAUAUGAUUACAUCAGAGGGAUGAUCUCAGUGCUUUGGUGUUUUUGCUGCCAAUCUUCGGAGAAAGGAGGGAGGUAAAUGUAGGGAGAUUAAAUUUAGUGGAUCAUUUCUCUCAGAGUGGAGGUUUCUGUCUCUUUUCUUCAUCUUCACUGGCUCAACUGUAUGUGCAGUGUUGCCUCCUGCUCCUCGUUUCCUCACAGGGUUAAGUGUAAAAACAUAUCCUCGGCAGAAUAGCUGUAAUUGAUCGGUUUCUUGGUUACUCAGAAGCUGUUGUGUUUGUGUGUCAGCAGUUCAACAAGAAGUGGUGUUGAAAAGGAAACCGAGGUGACGCACCACAGUACUUAUUAAAUUGCUUUUCCUCAGGAGCAACCUGUGCAGUCUGUCAUAUCAACAGAGAGAUUAAUAAAACAACCACACAAACAAACAAAAAAAACAAACAAACACUGACACAGUUUCUUACUGAAAAGAAGUGAUCUCUGCUUUUAUAGUGUUUUUCUCCAUGCUAUUUCAUGCUUUGCAACCCUGACAUCAAUGCUGCAAAACUGCAUUUUCCACGCUCCCAACUGCCACGCUGUACCUUUGAUUUGUUAUAGGGAUUUAUGGGCUCUUCUCCAUCUCAUUAAAAAAUGAGAAAAUUUAUGAUGUCGCUACUGGAAAUAAAAAUACACAUCAUUCUCAAGCUUAGGCUAAUCUUCCUAGGUAUGCUGCGUAAAAACAGCUGUUAAAAACAUUGCUUUCAAAGCGAGAGGUGUAAUAUUUAUGAGCAUAAAAUCCCUGCUGAUUUGCUACACAGUGUGUGAUCCAGCAGCGACUAGUUUGGUUGUCUUGAAAGGUGCAAAAUACAAUUUGAGAUACACUGUCAAAUAUAAGACAAGAGCUUAAUAAAUGUGUAAAUUUUACGCUUAUACAACUUUUCAGGUUUACUAUCCAAAAUUUCUUUGGGAGAGAUUCACCUAUGGCUGUUUGUUGCUUGUUUUACUUGUAAGUAAUCCUUUUGAUUUGGUGCACUAAUAUUUGGUAAUAACCUUUCUACUGAUAGAGGGAGCUGCAGUAUUUAAGGAUUCCACACACGAAAGGACAACCUCAUCUGUUACUGAAACUGUCGUCAGUUUUUUUUCCCCCUCAACCUCUGAGUAGAAAAACAAAACUUGCAGCAGAGGGGAGAUGAGGGGAAUUUUUCCUGUGGGCUCUGCCACAGCACAUCUGGAAGUGAUCAGGGAGCCAGGGAGACCUGUCAGCCAGGCUGGAGCUCUCCUAGUGGGGCAAGAUGAGCAGGGAGUGCAAGGGACUUUAUGGAGCCUCUCUGUCUCUUCCUACACCCUCAUCUCUUUGCUGAGCUGUAUCUCUUUCAUGCCUUUUCUCUCUAUUACACAUCAGUGUGACAGGGGGGGACAGGCCAACAGCUUGUAGACGCCACAAACUUCAUCCUGAACAAGUUUGACCUGUCUGGGAGAGAAAAAGAGAAAGUUUGUCCCCAUUUUCCUGUUUGUUUUUAUGUCUAACAAUCUAAUCCAUCUAUUUAUUUCUCCAUCAGGAAGCUGCCUUCCAGGGGAGACUGAGGGAUUAAACAUGUGUCUUUUUUGUGUGUUUAAGGUGGGGAGGUCUUGCUUUGCCGGGACAAAGGGACAUAGGGAUUUAGGUGAAGACAGAUGGCUGCCUUUAUAAGUUUACACAGUCUGGAAAGAGUAAAAGGCUGAAAACUUUAGCUAAAAAUAGAAGGAAGUGCUGCAUGAGUAGAUAGAAUUGUCUGGACAGAUGGAAGCCAGUCUUUUUUACUAUCAUACAAAGGUGAUAAGUGUGCUUAUGUUGCAGGAGAAAAGGUUAUACAAACAUAUGUGCCGUGGGUUGAUGUAAUGCAUGCAUCCAUUGAGUUUGUGUUGAUUUUCAGUCUUUGCACGCUUUGUUGUGGUUUGCACAAUGACUCUAUAUUUGCACCAGGACCCCUGCAGGAAGUGAUAUCAAUUCCAGGAAAAAGCAUGAAAAAGAGGUCAUGUAUGUAACGCAUGGACACAAUCGAUUAGAUCAGAGGAACCUUGGCUUUAUCCUGCAUGUGUUUCUAUUUGCAGCCAAUAAGGUUGAACUGACGCACAUGUUGCUUUAGCCGUACGCCGGGUAAAAAAAAAAGAAAAAAAAGAGGAUCCUCUGAAAUGUAUUUACACAUGCUGUUAACCUCAGGUGGCAUAACAAGAAAAUAACAUUUAUGAAUUUACACAUACAUCAGAGCUGAUGCUGACACUGACACUGCCAGUAGGCGUGCAAUAAUUGCAUUUGUUCCCUCAGAGGCCAAAAGUCCAUCAAGAGCAUUCAAAACUUCAUCUGUCAUCUGUUAGAGCAGGAAACCUGUUGCUCUUUUGAACUUUAAGGCUCCAUCUGUAAAGAUCUUUCUCUCUGUCCAUAUGUGGCUGAUGUCAACAGCACCAACGGAUCAUUUACCGUGACAAUCUGAAUCUUAUCUUCUAAUCAUUCAAUCUGUGCUCCUCGAGUCUCCCUGCUCUCCGUCGUCACCUUGGCAACCUACAUCAUUAUCAUCUCUCUCCUGCUCUUUAUCUCUACAUGCUCACUUUUGUUCCUGACAUGAUUCACAUUACAGGCACAGUUCGAUAAACAGUUCUUCUGUCUGUCUUGUGUGUCGUGUAUCCCUCUGUCUCAGGACACUCAGUUCAGCGGUGUUCUGCCAGAUGACAGCAGCUCCAUCUUGUUGGACGACACCUCCAGUCAAUGGUCGGCAGCGGCUGACACUGAGGAGGAGAGGAAGAGUGCCUUGGAGAAAAGCAUGUAUGUACAUAUUUGAUGAUAAGAUCCACACUCCUGCCAAUGUAAUCCUUCAUCACACUCUGUAAAUAAAAGUGUUUAAGCACAACCAAUAUUAUAUUGGAGUAGAGCUUUAGAUUGCAGCUGUCAGCCCUGAAUGUGCAAAGUUUUACCAUGAGAAAUGAAAAAGUUAGAUAGUGACAACUUUAAGUUUUGAAUAUCUUUUAUAUCUAAAGUAUAAAAAUAACCAGAGUUGAAGGGUAGAUGUCAAGUUCAUAAUUAGUUAAUGAUUCCCACAGGAUUACCCCUUAGACAAAAUGAUCAACCAGUGUUUCUAUGACAAUUAAUGCAAACCUUAUUGUUUGAUAAAGAUUGUGAGAUGCAGCUGAAGAUUUUGACAUGUAAUCAGAAAAAUUAAAUUUAAAUCGACUUUUUUUGUUGUUUGUUGAUACUUGAUUUCAUUUUGUUAGUAUAUAAAACAAUCAAUACAAACAAGGCAAAAUCUCAAACAUGUGAAUUAAAGGGAGAUAUCAAUCAACUAAACACAUAAUAAAAAAUAAACAAAAGCUGCAGGCUAACAUGCCUUUUACAGUUCAUUAUUUCUUAUUUUCAAAAACAACCCACAAAACAAAAAGAUAAGACCACAUCAAUUCACAUUUUUUCACAAAACAAACAGACCAACACUUAGAUUAAAAUAUUUCCCUGUAUUUACUCGAUAUACUGGCUUUGACACUUUUUUUGAAGAUAAAAUUUGAUUUAGCUCCUUUAGUUUUUUUCUUCAAAUUGUUCCAAAAACUGACUCCUCUCACUCUAACACAGCGCUCCUUCAGUUUAGUUCUGAAUCUUGGCUUUUAGAUAUUUCAUCUCCCUUUAAAUUAUAAAAAAUUUCCCUUUUUUUCCAAUCAGCUCUGUAUGUUAUCUUAUUAAAUGAUUUACUUUUAAAGUGGAAAGUUUUGGUCAGCUUAUGAACAAAUUUAACAAUCAUGCUUCUGUAUAUUCUGCAAAAGCAAGCCAACUGUUUUUUAUUUAUUUAUUUUUUAAAUUAAAUUAACAGCUGUGUAUUAAAAAAACAAUGGCGAUAAUAAUAUGAUGGUCUGAAUAGCUCGAGUCUUCAUUAGUAUGCACUGUAUGGAGACCUGUCCCCAUGAGGCCAUAAAUAACUCAUCUGUUUUAUCGAUAGUAAGGUGGAGAGUUAUGCAUAGGUUUGCGGAUUUGCAUAUAAUAUAGGGAUGUAUAAUAAGGGAGGGUCAUGUUGACUGACAGGUGGGCGGGAUGUGGCUGUUUGCCAGGAAGCCAUAGACUGUAUGCAGGAAGCUCAGGGUCCUUCUUAGCUUCACCUCACUAUUGCUUUGACUGAGUCAGUAUUUUCAAGAUGGCAACUGUUUGUAUAUGUCAACAAAAACCAUAUUCAAGAACUUCAUAGAGACUCUGCCCAUGUCUUAUACAGUCUGUGGUUCAAAGGCACAUUUAAAAGAUCAUUUCUGAAGCAAAAUUGAACAUGUUUACAGGCUGAUACAGUUUUGGUCUUUCUAGCCCCCUUUUUAAAGCCGAAAACAUACAGGAUCCGUAUUGAGCAUGUUCUGUCAUGGAGCAGAGACGCGACGCAGACAGAACAUGCUCAAUACGAAUCCUGUAUGUUUUAGCCUUAAUGCUCAUAACUAUAUGGGGAGGAUUUUUUGACUCAUGAUUUUACAAAGGCUAGGAGCUGUUCACAAAUACUGUAGGCAUGGGGUGACACUGAUUUGACUGACAAGUGGGCUCAUUGCUUGCUGUUUGCUUAGCUACUGCCUCUCUAACUCUAACUCCAACCCACUCCCCCCCAGAAAAAAAGUUUCUAUACAGUUGUGUGUCCUUCCUGGAAAACUGUCAGAAGACUGGUAUUUGUUAGAUAAACUUUCUCAAGGAUUUAUGCAGAAUAAAUGUAGUGGCAUUCCUCCAACACUAAUCCCCCCCUCUUUGUAUCUUCACAGGUAUGUUCUGAAGGAGCUUAUAGAGACAGAGAAGCACUAUGUGGUGGACCUGGGGCUCAUCGUGGAGGUAAACCUCACAGCCUGCCAGCUCAAAAACACACAAUCUGCUCCGACAGAGAGGGGAGAACUUAGUCAUCCGUCCAAUCUGCUUGACAGAGCCCUAAAUCCUCAUCAUUACUUUCCUCCUCUCUGCUCCUCUUUCCUCUGGCCUGCCUACAUCACAGCGUCUCCACUCUUAAGCAGAUUUUGUGAAGUUUUAGUUUGAAGAGUAUUAUGUUUCAAGGGGAUCUGUCUCCUGAUGCCUUAAAUAGCUGCAGAUAUUUUGGUUCAGGGAUAUUUUUUCUCCCAUCUGUAAGUUAUGAAAACUAAAUGAUAUCUGGUGUUGCUGUCUCUUGGAACAGCUGAGCUUUAUUUUCUGGUGUUAUUCAGAGCCAGGUGCCAGUUUUUGUUGAUGUGAACUGCAGCUCUGUUAUUUCCUUGCAGGGCUACAUGGCCACAAUGAACUCCAAAGGCAUACCAGAGGACAUGAAGGGAAAAGACAAGAUUGUUUUUGGAAACAUUCACCAAAUAUUUGACUGGCAUAAAGAGUAAGUUCCUGAUAUUGUGACAAUAUUUUACGUCCACAAGUGAAGAAUAGUGUGUUUGAUGGAGCUGCGUUCAAAGUAGAAAACAUCCAUUUGCAGAGUAUUGUGUUCAAGGCGGAGAGGAUGACAAAAGAACAAAAGGUCAGGAGACAAAUCUGACCUCCUGUCUCGGCUUUAUACGUGUGUGACGUGUGUCUUUUGUGUUUUUUCUUUUUACUUGGUAGCUACUUCCUGGGAGAGCUGGAGAAGUGUUUGGCAGAGCCCGACAGGCUGGCUCAGCUCUUCAUUAAACAUGUGAGUAUAACUAUCUUGUGGGCACACACACACACAAACACAUUCACUCACGCAUCAGUGGCAGUGUCUGGGUCUGCUUCCUUGCGCAGUUUGGCGUGAGUGUAAAUAGAGCAAAGAAAACACGCAGAGCUCCUGUUUAUCCUACACCGUACCUCUCUCCUCCUCUCCCAGUUGCCAGCGUUUCUACUUCCACUUCCUUGUUACUGAUACGUCUGUGUUUUUACAACAGCACACACACACUCAUACACAUACUCACAGAAGAACGACACACUGGCCGAUAUCCAGUCUAGGCUGGACUGGUCAGGAAACACCAGGGAAAAAACAGUCAGUAAAGACAACAAGAAUAAGAGGAGCAAUAACAAAUGCUCAGCUAAGGCUCUUUGAUAUGAAGGCUUUUUUUUUUAUCGGCCCAAACAGCGACCUACUUCUUACAACAUCAUCUAAGCUGAAGAAUGAAACACGGUUAUGUAUCCAACAUCUAUGCUGAGUGUGUUAUGUUCAGAAUAGGAUGCAGCAUAAGCACGUUAAGGGUCACAUGGUCUAUGAAGGGAGUAAAAUUAGAUUUAUCUCUAUUGGUUAAGAGGUGGCACAUGCAGACUGAGUAGACAUGUUUUUGACCAACUUGGCUUUGCUUCAACAUUUACUCUCUUUCCUUCCCUGUAGCUUCUUCAACAAUUUAAUAAUGCUCAGCCCACAGGAUAAUCAACUUAAAUCCUGCAAAGAGGAAUAAAGAAACUUGUAACUAAAUCUAAGCAUGGUGUCAAACCAUGAAAACAAACAGACUGGAAACAUGGUCUUAAUGAAAAGCAGAGAGCCCAAUCUGCUUUUAACAAGAGCUGUGUCACAGAUAUGCAACAUGUGUGCUCACUUACACAUAUGCAACAUAAAAACAAACGGGUACACUUCAUGCACACUACACUCUUUCACAUUUUUACAUGCAGAAGUCUACUGCAGGGUUACAUGAUGUCCAUAUUCAGGUAGAGCAGCUCACCAGUCUCUAGGUUACAGAACCAUGCAGCCUGUUGCUAGGUACGGCUUCAUAUCUGCAGGCUCUAAAAGGCUCCGGUUACACUGAGGGUAACCUGGGUAAAUUAUACAUCACCUUAUGCUCAUCUGCAUGUAACACCAUUAGAGCUCAGACUAUUACAUCUGCACUGCAUGUCAUUUUAGCCACACAAGAGCAGAACCUGUAAAAUGCUGUUACCGUGCACCCGCACUACAUACUGCGUGCUGCUGUUUUAGAUCACUUCCAGAUGCAUUUUCAAUCAUGUGUAAUGCAAUUCAGCUUUUUUUCCCAUUACAGUGAGACUCACAUUAAGGUCUUUUUUCCCCUCUGUGGCUAAAUUGUAUCAUUAAUUCAACUGAAUGUUUUUCUAAUGAGAUGUUUGUCCGCAGGAGAGACGUCUGCAUAUGUAUGUCGUGUACUGUCAGAACAAGCCCAAGUCAGAGCAUAUCGUCUCAGAGUAUAUUGAGACUUAUUUUGAGGUGAGUACUUUUUAUUGCAUUCCUUUUAUGUUCCUGUAGCUUUCAAACUUGUCCCUGCUUUGUAGACGUUUAGGUGUGUAAAUGACUUAAAGCUAAAGUAAAUCAGUUGCCACAGUUGCUAAUCACUACACCACUACUUGGCUACAUUGGCUAUAUGAAAUUGUUACCUUGACAACAUUAGAAGACAUAGCAUCCUUCUAGCUUUUGACAAGGAUGAUCACAGUUAUUAUUAAAUCUUCUUAUGAGGAGAUUUACUGCAGAGGGGGUCUGUUGGAUUCCUCACUAAGCUUCAUUUCCGGGUCAAAGGCCUGUGUCCAUUGGUGGCCUUUUUUAUGCUGGCAAUGGCCACAACUCCAAAUUCGCAGGUCUUCUCACUAAUGCAUACUGUUGAUAGGUUACAAAAGUAACUUCUGCUUCCUUUUUUUUUUUAAAUUGACCUGUUAAGUCUGUUUUAAAUGCUCUUUUUGCUUUGUAUUUGAUUUAAAUCAAUUACAUUUAACAAAGAAAACAUAAAAAUAAUAAAAAUUGUGUUAAAUUAGCAGCAGCUCAAGACCUGGAAAAUUUUAGCUUCAUAAAAAGGGGGUGGUUAGUUUCUCCUUUAUAUGGACCCUUCAGUGUUGUUGACAAAAUUGUUGUCAAAGUCCCGCCUCUCCUAAAUUUUUAUUGGUGGGUGAGAGAAAAGACACACUGAUGAAUCUGACUGUGUUAAAAGUUGAUCUUUUUUUAACUGGGUGUACUGUGAGAGCAGCAACAAAAAACAGCUGAUGGUAAGGAUGUUUUUGUGCUCAGAACAUUGACCAAUGAAAACUGUAUUGAUUUUGAAUUGAAAACAUGCACCGGCAGCAGAAAAAAACACGAAACAAAGACCUGUCAGUGUGAACAGGCCCUAGUCCUAUAUUGAUAUUGUGGGUUAUAAAGGUGGACAAUUACAUCAACAAGUUUAAUCAGCUUGGCUACAAAAUUCUGUGCCACACUUUUGAAAACUCUGACUUGCUCUUCUGUUAUUUACAUUUUAGCUUUUGCAUUUUUAAAGCAGCUGCUGGCUGUACCAAUCUGCAAUAGCAUCUAAAAUUCAAAGACACUGAUCCUCUGAUAUAGAAAUAGGGAAACAAAGAAUUCCUACUUAAGUCUGUGAACUUUCUUUUCAGGUGAUGACUGAAAUUUUUUUUUCAAAUUCCAAUUUUUUCUGCAAAAUGUUGGUUUAUUUAUGUCAAUGAUUAUUUCUAAUUCAGACCACCUGCAUUCUGAUGUCAUGUAUCACCAUUUCCCUCAGACUUGUAGUUGAUAAGCUCUUUAGUAUGCAUAAACCAGUAUGCAUUCUGGUUCCAUACUAUACACAUAUAUUAUACAUGGCCGUGUAGGUUAUAUUCUUAGCUACCAUAUAUUAUUCAGAUUACUCCUUUUCACUGACAGUAAACACAAGACAAACAGACAGGCAGAAUAAUCACUGUGAUGUAUUGUCUUAGAGGGAUUAUGUUGGCCUGCAGCUGUUGUGUCGUGUGCUGUGGCUGUCGUGUUAACUGUUGUCGUGAUGUGGUGUCCGUCUCUGUGUUCAGGAGUUGCGGCAGCAGCUGGGCCACAGGCUGCAGCUCAACGAUCUGCUCAUCAAACCCGUCCAGAGGAUCAUGAAGUACCAGCUGCUGCUCAAGGUGAAUAGCAGAGCACUGCUGAGCUGUUGACACACAACAACACUUUCUCACACACAAACAUUUCGGUGUCCACUGUGCAGCUGUCUGGCACACAGCGGGGUCAGUCACAUGAUUGUAAACAUCAUGGACUCAUGCAAACAGCAGUCUAGAAACACAGAUGACACACACACGCCGUAAUGUCUACUUAGGCUACCUUCCAGCCGGAGAGGAAGAGGCAAAUUACAAAAGAAGACUCUAAUUCAAACAAUUGUUUGUAACAGUCUUUGAAGAGUAUCGUAAAAUGACAUCCUUGGAAUAAAACUUAGUCCAAAUAUUAAACUUUGCCCCUUGGCAUUCAAAUAAAAGCUGGGUUUAGUCCCCAUAAAGACUCCACCAGAUGUCCUCACCUUAUUUCAAGCAGUAAAACUGGAAUACUCUGGUGACCAUGCUGUUUUUAUUUGGGCAGGACUUCCUCAAGUAUUACACCAAAGCUGGGAUGGAUACAGAGGAGUUGGAGGUGGGUGUCCUAAUGCAAAGUAUUAGGAUUUGUUUCUGAUUUUUGUGAUUUGUAUAUCAACUCUGCUCCUUUUCUAAUACAGAAAGCGGUUGAAGUGAUGUGCUUUGUGCCAAAGCGUUGUAAUGACAUGAUGAAUGUGGGCAGACUGCAAGGCUUCGAGGUAUGUCUCCGGAAUUUAGGCCAUCCUUAAAGUCUCCAAAACAUUUCUCAUGCCAACUAUUCAGCUCAUUAAAACCUCACUGUGACCACUUCCUUUGUUGUUGUGUUUAUCUCUACUGUCAUACCAGGGAAAGAUCACAGCGCAGGGCAAACUGCUCCAACAAGACACUUUCACCAUCACCGAGCAGGAAAGCAGCUUUCUAUCCCGAGCGAAGGAGAGGCGGGUCUUCCUCUUUGAGCAGUUGGUCAUCUUUAGUGAGCCAAUCGACAGGAAGAAAGGUUUCUCAAUCCCAGGAUACAUCUUUAAGAACAGCAUCAAGGUAGGCAGGCGCCUGCUGAGAAUCAAUGAUCUGAGAUCCAUUAGAAAAAGAGAGUACAUUUAACUCCCAUGUUAUAAGUUGAUCAACAGAUUGAGAACCACGCUAACUCUUGCCUACAUCAGCACUCAUUACAUAACCCCACAGCAGGGACGUUUUAGAGGCUUGCAUGAGUUAGGGAAGUGUUUAGCUGUGACUUUUCACAGAUGUUAAUCAGAUGUGAUAUGUUCCAGGUGAGCUGCCUGGGGGUGGAGCCCAGCGUAGAGGGCGAUGAUGCCCGCUUUGUGUUGACAUCACGCAACCCAGACGGGAGUGUGGUUCGCUUCCAGUUGCUGGCCUCCUCCCCGGAGAUAUGUCGGGCCUGGGUCAAUGAUGUUGUACAGAUCUUGGAAUCGCAGCGCAACUUCCUUAAUGGUAAGUCCCUGCUGGGCUCUGAAGACAACGGAACAUCUUUCAGAUCGAUAAAUCAUGUUUUAGCUUGCUGUGUUUCCAUUUAUUGACUGUGCUGUCAGAUCUUACACAAAGGCCGCUCAAUCGGUUCUAACUGAGAAGGUUUUUUUUGUUUAAUUGAAGAGUCUUGUUCUAUGUUUUCUGUUUAAAAAGUGAGAAAUAAAAUGAGAUAUAGUUGUAUUCUGGCAAAUUGAUAACAUGGAUACGAACACAGAUGGGGCUUUAUUUUCUUAUUGCUUAAUCUUCCACAUUAUGUUAAGUUUACAACUAAUUUUUACAUAUCUGCGUAUUUAUCAUUGGAGCUGAUUAAAAUAGAGAGUGGAGCGCUACAAAAACUGCCAUCAUAUUCUCUGUGUGUGUCAGCCUUACAGUCCCCUAUUGAGUACCAGCGGCGAGAAAGCAAGUCUAACAGCCUGGGUCGCAGCAUGAGACCCCCUUUGUCUGCUGCCAGUGCCCUCAGACCCCACUCCUCUGCCUCCAUUGACCGCCACAAGCUUCCGUCCCUUCACUCUCACAACAUCUCCUUACCCACGCUCUACCUGCCCAGCCAAGGCCAGAGCCAAGGACCCAGUGAAACGUUCCCACAGCGGGAUGUAAGUGUCUUUAGAUGUGCCUCUCUUUAAUGCGCUCAAAUGGUACUAUAAAAACAGCAAAUGGUUCUGUAUACUGAUAAUGAGCUGACAACUUUUGUCUGCAUUUUACAGCCCACUGUGGUCCAGCUGUGUCCUGCUGACCCCCACGCUGUUUCUCCGUCUCACGUCCAACUGGGCUUCACUGAUCGGCCAAACUGUCAAGCUGUGUCAAAUGGGCUGUACACUCCCACCACACAAAGUUCACAGGUAGAAAUGCCAACAUGGGGGCUUCAGUGUGUUAUACAAACUGGCAGUCAAUUGCACCUGGUUGAACAUUUUGCCUGAAUACUGAACACCAACAUUCUGAGAGGAAGGGAUAAAAAUGAGCAGCAGGAAGCGAGGAAAUAACAGAAAACAAUGAGCCACAGUAAAAUAUCUGACAACAAUUGUGGUGUGCUCGUUUAUGUUCAUUAAAAGAUGAAAAGUCUCAGUGAAUGGUGCCCUUUUAUUAAGAUGAACCUAUGCUACAGAGGUCUCUGCAGAUAUACAAAGAGUUAUUUCUCCCCCUUGUGGCUAAAAAGGGAAUUUUAAGAGUCAGAUGUUUUCUAGAGGAAAUACGACAUAAUGUUUUCUGCUCUUGUUUAAGUUAGUUAAACAUAAAAGUGUUUUCUAUAAUACACGACAUUAACAUCAGUCCUGUCUGUGCUUUCUUUAUACUUUUACCAUCAUGCUUAUCAAACAAAUUUGAUAGAUAGAUAGAUAGAUAGUUAUACAUAGAUAGAUAGAUAGAUAGAUAGAUAGAUAGAUAGAUAGAUAGAUAGAUACCACCAAAAAUGCACCUCAAAGCAGCAUUUAAUAUGUAUAAAUAUGUCAUUUAUUGGUUUACGUUGUUCUUAGUUAACCUUUUAACUUUCUGUUUUCAUCUUUUAUUCCAACAAACUCCUCUAGGAACUGGUGUUGCAAAUUAACAUCAGUUAUAAACAUUAUGACAUUUGCAUUGGAUGGCUUUUCACUUCAUUUGUGUGUAUUGUACUUGUCUCAAACAAAGACACCAAUAAGUUAGUAAGUCCUGUAGCUUUCUUCUGAGCGACAGUAACAAUUUGAAAGUUAAGCAGAGAAAAAAAAAGUGAUUUUAUUUAUUCUAAAUUAAAGAAUAACUUCAUUUGUUUUCCUGGUUUUAAGAAUUAACCCCACUCUUUGAACAACAUGAAUAGUGUCUGGACUUCCUCACUGUAGGUUGUACCUGCCUAUUGUUGGGCUUAAAUGAACUCCCCUCUGUCAUUACUGAACUUGUUUCCUUCAAUGGGACAGUGCAGACAGACCAGCUGUUGUUGUUCACUGCCUCUCUUUACUCAGUCUGGAUUGAUUUGAUCCAAAACAGAUAGGAAGCAAAGUUGAUAAUAAAAUGUAAGAUAUGAUUGCGUAUGAGGGAGUCUUUCUACUUUGUGUGAUUGUUAAAUUUUCUUCCCUACAGAGGGCAGCAGAGGGCUGCAGAAGGGGCCAAUCUGCUGAUGCUGGGAACCAGCCUCCAAUGUCGGGCCCCUCAGCUGGACGUCGCCCUAGCAACCUGGCUCAGUUGAAUGAGGAUGACUUAUGA